CGUCCGUGACGUCACCCUCUCUCACCAGGCCCGGAAGUGGAACUCGGAGGAUCCCUCCAGCUUGUUGGAGGAAGAGAGGAAAGGAAAGGGCGGGACCAAAGCCUCUGGUGGACGACACGCAGCCAGGCAAGCGGCAGCGGCGGCGCGUCUCCCGCUCAUCCUUUCAGGAUUGAUGCAUGUUUCUUCUCUCACCUUAAUCUGUCUGAGAAUUUGGAUAAGCAUGGCGCAACUCCAACAGGGAGGUCCUGAUGAAAAAGAGAAGACUACAGCAUUAAAGGAUUUGUUGUCUAGAAUAGACUUGGAUGAACUGAUGAAAAAAGAUGAGCCACCUCUUGAGUUUCCUGAUACUCUUGAAGGAUUUGAGUAUACUUUUAAUGAAAAGGGGCAGUUAAGGCAUAUAAAAACUGGAGAGCCAUUUGUGUUUAACUACCGUGAAGAUUUGCAUAGAUGGAACCAAAAACGCUAUGAAGCUCUUGGAGAGAUCAUCACUAAAUAUGUAUAUGAACUACUAGAAGAAGAAUGCCAUUUGAAAAAAGUGCUUGUCCCGGUAGAUGCAGUGGAGAGUGAACCAAAGAGUUUUAUCUUUAUGACUGAAGAUGCCAUGACAAAUCCUGACAAACUGAUGGUUUUAAUUCAUGGUAGUGGUGUUGUUAGAGCUGGACAGUGGGCAAGAAGGCUUAUUAUAAAUGAAGAUCUGGACAGUGGCACUCAGAUUCCAUAUAUUAAAAGAGCUAUUGAGGAAGGCUACGGAGUAAUAGUACUGAAUCCGAAUGAGAACUAUAUUGAGGUUGAAAAGACAAAAGCUCAAGUACAGCUGUCUCCCGAUAGCUCAGAUGAACCUGCAGAAAAGAGAGAGAGAAAAGAUAAAAUCCAAAGAGAUUCAAAGAAGAGACGGGAUUUUUAUGAAAAGUAUCGGAAUCCACAAAAAGAGAAGGAAACGGCGCAGUUGUCCAUUAGAGAAAACGGAUCUCCUGAAGAACAUGCCAUUUAUGUAUGGGACCACUUUAUCUCCCAGUCAGCAGCAGAAAAUGUAUUUUUUGUUGCUCACAGUUAUGGUGGACUCGCAUUUGUUGAACUGAUGAUUCAACGUGAGGCAGAGGUGAAAAAUAAAGUUACUGCAGUGGCAUUGACAGACUCCGUUCACAAUGUGUGGCAUCAAGAAGCUGGCAAAACUAUUCGAGAAUGGAUGCGAGAAGUGAGUUUGAUUGCUUGUCUUAAGAAGAACUGUUGUAAUUGGGUGUCAAGUUCAGAACCUUUGGAUACUUCAGUAGAAUCCAUGUUACCAGACUGCCCACGAGUCUCUGCAGGACUUCAUCUGCAGAAUCCUCAGUACCAGUGGCCACAGUAUGAAUCUUCAAGUCUUCAACACCAAAACCACCUCUGACCCUUGCAAAGUCACUAAAAGUCCAAAUAAUCCAAAGCAUUAAGGCCAUAAAACAUAUUCCUGACACUAUUUUGUUGUGUCUCUUCAACUUUCUCUCAACAAACCUUCUCACAAUGCAUGAAACAGCCUUCGCAACCUCCUAUUUCCUCAUUUCAUAGUCAGGCAGAUCCAGUUCUAAAGGUGUUAAUGUGUAUAUUGUGUGUGGUAUUGACUGCUGCUUAUUAGUCAACCAGAAGGACAAAUGAUAAAGCCUUGGAAUUACCUUAAAUGGUUAUAGAAAUGCAAUAAAUAAAUAAAUAGCUUUGGAGCAAGGAAGAACCAUGUUUCUUCUUUAUACAUUGUACUGAUAGCAUUGCUGUAACUUAAGACUUUCAUUAAAUGUUUAGAAAUGCAGGCAAAAAGAGCAGGCAAAGUGACUGAAAGAAUGUAAACAGAGCAGAUAUGAGACAUUAGUGUGGGUGAUUUUCAAUUUCUCUCCCUUUCUUUCUCUCCAAUUCUAGGGAUUUGGAAACUAGAGAAAACUUUUAUGGGGGGGGGGGAGGUAUUUGGGAUUCCACACUCUCAUUUUGCCUCUCCUGUUCUGCUCUGAUGUCAAUUACCUUUCACAUUCUCAACCUUCAGAGAUAUGACACCAUCCUCCUUGCAUUAUGGAAUGCCUCAAAUUACAUGUGCUGGUGACAUGCCAUAGCAGGCAUCCCAGUGAACUGAGAAGGUGGAUCCAAGCAGGAAACUCAAGUAGUUACUUCUUGUAUCUUGACUAUCAAUUUUUUCAGUGUAAUCAACAAGGUUAUGUUUUAUGGAGUCUAUGUCAAAGCCAUUGAAUGGAACAUUGAAUGAUAUCAAUUUCAUCUCAUCUUUCCGACAGUCUUGCUUGCAUCCCAUCCAGUUUAACUCUGGGUCAUGCCAACUAAAAUAAAGCCAGAAGAAACCCUGCUUGCAAAAUUGUAAUGGUCACAAACAAAUCCUACAGACUGUGAAUAUUCAAACCAAAUUUGUGAAUCAAUUGAUUAUUCAAAAGCAAAAAAAAAUUAAGCUUUUUUCUUGAUGAAGUAAUUGUCAAUUUGCAGGCAACUUUUAAUUUUUUCAACUGUGGUGAAACAACCACAGAUGUUUGGGCAAGUGAAAUAUCUACAAAAAGCUAUACCACAUCUUCUAUAUAUAUAUAAAAGAGUGAUGGCAUCAGGGCAGCAGACAAAACAACAAAACUACAGGCCCUCCAACCUUGAAAUUUGACAACACAACCCAUCAUCCACGGCUCUAGGUUGAUACAACAAAAAGAAAAGAAAAAUAAAGUCCUAAUUAGAGAGAGAGAGGAGUAAUUGUUUUUAUCCAAUUUCUGCCAGUUACAAGGCUAAGUUCCACCCACUUGGUCUCCUAGCAACCUACUCAGCCCAGGGGACAGACACAGUUAGACCUCACUUAGGCCUCUUCCACAGAUUAUCUAAUUUGCACUGGAUUAUAUGGCAGUGUAGACUCAAGGCCCUUCCACACAGCUAUAUAACCCAUUUAUAAUCUUAUAUUAUCUGCUUGGCACUGGAUUAUCUUGACUCCACACUGCCAUAUAAUCCACUUCAGUGUGCAUUUUAUCCAGCUGUGAAGAAGGGGCCUCAUAUAAUCCAGUUCUAAACAGAUAAUAUAAGAUUAUAAAUAUACAGUAGAGUCUCACUUAUCCAACAUAAACACGCCGGCAGAACGUUGGAUAAGUGAAUAUGUUGAGUCCCCUGAUGGGUGAGAAGGGCGGGGUAGAAAUGAUGUAAUAAAUAAUAAAUAAAUAAUAUGUUGGAUAAUAAGAAGGGAUUCAGAAAAAGCCUAUUAAACAUCAAAUUAGGUAAUGAUUAUACAAAUUAAGCACCAAACAUCAUGUUAUACAACAAAUUGGACAGAAAAGGUAGUUCAAUACACAGUAAUGCUAUGUCGUAAUUACUGUAUUUACAAAUUUAGCACCAAAAUAUCACAAUGAAUUUAAAACAUUGACUACAAAAACAUUGACUACUAAAAGGCAGACUGUGUUGGAUAAUCCAGAACACUGGAUAAGCGCAUGUUGGAUAAGUGAGAUUCUGCUGUAAUAUGAAAUAAUUACUGUGGUAAUCCAGUCCAACCCAAUUCUGCCAUGGAGGACACAAUCCAAGCACGCCCAACAGAUGGCCAGCCAGCCUCUGAAGAAGAAGAGGAAGAGGAAGAGGAAGAGGAGGAGGAAGAAGAAGAAGAUGAUGAUGAUGAUGAUGAUGAUGAUGAUGAUGAUCAUCAUCAUCAUCAUCAUCAUCAUCAUCAUCAUACAAUCAUAAGGUUAGGAGACACCCCUAAGGAUCAUCCAGUUCAAUCCAGAUCAUCCAGCAGCAGUCGUGAUGAUGAUAUUUCAGAGCCUUCAAGGGUUGUACUUUUAUUUCUAUUUGGAUAAUGGAUAAUAUACUUGUCAAUUCUCCUUCACAAUAUAAGCGUGUCCAGAGUGCAUGUUAAAACUGUUCGCUUGUAUCAGCUUCCACAAGUUUGUAGUUGAUAUGAAGAUAAGCUCUUGAUUGACUUCUUAGGCCCCCUCCACACUGCCCCUAUAUCCCUGGAUCUGAUUUCAGAUUAUCUGCUUAUCCCAGGUUAUCUGGCAGUGGAGGCUCAUAUAAUCCAGUUUAAAUCCUAUAAUCUGCGAUCAGAUCCUGGGAUAUUGGGACAGUGUGGAAGGGGCCUUAGUUCUUCAGGGGAGAGCAGUCUUCUAAUCCUUCAAUAAUAAUAUUCAGCAGACCCCCAUCACCACCAGUGCAUUAGUCUGUCACCGAUGCAUGCAGUGGCCAUUCUGUCCAACUAAAUUAACACACCAGUCUGUUAUGCCAGGGAUGAUAUUUUCAGAACAACAGACAUGCAGAAUGUGAUCAUUAUUGGGGACUUCAGAGAUUGUAAACUGGCUGGAAUUUUGAGCCAUCAGGACAGUAUUCCAGGACCAGAUUCAUUGGCACAGUAUGCUUAUGAGGACAAGCAGCUUCUCAGUAAAAGGAACAGAUUAUCAUCUGUCAACAGAUAGUGAUACUCAGUCUGUCUCUUUUCACUAGUGGGUUUGAAACAUCCUGAGCUCACUGUAGCUUCAUUUAUGUGACUUCAUUUAGUAAGAACAUUUGGUAAGAAGUUUGAACAUAGAAAUGGAUUGACUUGGGGUGACUGUUAGAGAAUACAAAUAGUCCCUUCAUGAGCAGACCUUCCAACAGAUUGUUCCAUGCUUUGGUUUAGCAACAACAGAUAUUCAAGAUUUUCUGCAGAAAGAUUUCAGUACAGCUAUACCCAAGUUGCUUUAAAUAGCAUGUUUGCUUGGCACUCUUAUAUACAAUGAAUGUACUUUCUUCCUAAUGAAUGUAACUUUCAUGAAUCAUGGACUGAAAAGAAGAAAAUGCAAGGGAAUAAAUCAAAGUAGUAAAAAUGGCUAUGGUUUGAAGUUGUGAGUAAUAUUGGCUUGCUAAUUGAUGGGUAGUUUUACGUCCUAUUGGGUAGUUUUACAAUCACACUUUAAAAUUGCACAAAAUGAGGAUCUUAUGCUUUUCUUUGUUUUUAUUUUGUGUGGAUAUGAAACAAUGUUCAUGUUCAAGGAGUGUCAAAACAAUUGAAAUAACAACUACAAUUGAAAAUGUCAAGAAUUGGAAGUCAGAUAAAAAGUCCUAAAUCUAAUUAUUAGUUCCAACCACAAUUGACCAUGGAAUCAACUGAACUUAUGUAAAUGUUAUCUUGCCCAUAAUUCUACAGGCCUACUCAUGCAAUUUAGAACAUUGAUUUUGUUAUAUCAUUAAUUACAGGUUUUUACAUGUUUGUAGAUUUUUUUUGUAUGGAAAACUGUAUUAACACACUUGUGUUUUGGAUCAGCCUGUGGAAACCAGAUAAUAUUUAAAUUAUUGGUCUUGGUAGGUUGUUUGCAAGAUUAGGAACCAGCCCAGUGCAAUAGGUUUAUUUCCUAAAUGAAAACUACUGAACAUACAUACUGGAACUUGUUCUAUUGACAUCCCUGAAGUUUUUGAACAUGAGUAGAUUGUCAGUAUUAGGUCUGCUAAAAACAGAGUUACUUAUGAAUGUGCUUCAGAUGAUAUUCCUUAGAGUAUAGAUAUUGGAUGGCAUCACAUUAUUGUUUUUGUGGUAUUUAUUUUCUUCUGUAAUGGGAAGAAAUUGACCCCCUACUCCAUACAUGUUAGCGCCUAACCUUAAAUGAUGUUUCUCCAGUCUUGGCUGUAUUUACAGUAAUUAUAUGCAUAAUGUAGCAUGUUAUUGUCUGGGUUUCCUGUUUAAUCAGUACAGAGCUUUUACAAGUGCAGCUGAAAAGGGCAAACAAAAUUAAAGCUUUAUAUACCAAAACAAGUUUGAUUUGCUAAGCUCCCAGCAUUCCAAAGUACACAAAUUUGUUCCACCAAGUUUUCCGAUGGCUUGCAGAUGGGCAAUGAUUAAUCAGAGAGCUAACUGAAGUAGUUUGCAAUUAAACUGGAAAGCUCUGAAGCAUGCUAAUUGAAUCAGAAAAUUAGAGGCACUGAACAGUAAUUGGCUAUUUCUCAUGCAGCAGGUGCCAGGCCACUCAUCUGUGGAACAAGGUAUUUAAGGCACAUUAGCACUAGUAAAAAUACUUCUUGAUAUGGAACAGCUAGAUUUUCUGCUCAUUUUCACCAUGGAUGCCAAACAUACAGCUGGGAUGUCUAGUGCUUCAAUUCAAGUUAGUUUAUGUAAGAUAAGCACGUAGGAAAGUACCAUCAUGCAACCUGUACAGAGACCGUGGAGAUUUUGUAAGUGACACUAAUAUAGAGAAACAAAGUAAGAUAUCUUUAUUGAGCUGGAUUCUGUUGGUGAUCAAGGGUAAAUAUGUUGAAUUACACAGAAUUCUUCAUCAGAUACUGCAUGUUUGUUACAACACAAUCGUAACUGGUUAAAUAGCUCAGUUGGGUGGAUUCUGUAUAUAUUGUUUUCUCUGCCAAGCACAAACUGCUUACACGAAAAUGUCAAGUUCCACCUGAAUUUUUCAGUUUCGAAUUGGGUGGAAUUUCUGGGAGAGAAAGGAAAUACAUGUAUUAUACAUGUGAUUAUCCAUAUAAUGUUUCCUGUUGUUCUCGAUCAUGCCCUUUGCAGCUUUGCUCUUAGGAGUAAAAUGCCAGAAAAGUGUAACAGAUAAUAUGGCAAAACUUACAUUGUUUCUUAGAGUACAAUCUAGUUGGGAUUCCUUUGCAGGUAUAUGUUUUCUGCACAGCCCCACUUCUCACUCGGGCGACAGACUCAUUAUGGGUGUAACAGUAAGCACACCAGCUUGGGACUGUGUGCCAAUAAAAUCAAUGGUGUUUGUUUAUUUCUGGAUCAGUGUGCUUGGACAGAGAUGUUAAGCUAUAUAACUUGGAGCAAUUCAUUUGCUCCAGAGUCUUUAGUGCACGGACUCUUGUAUGACAUAUAUUACAGAUUAAUUUGCUUAUCAUAAUACUCAUGUGGAAGUAUCUUAAAAACAUUCCUUGUGGCUUUGCCAAGACAGUUGAAAAUGUAUCGCUAAAUAGAUACAUUCCCAUUCUUGUGGAGAACAUCCAUAUCAGUAGCAGCAAAUAUCAAAACUAGGCAAAACUCAAUCUGAGGUGCCUUAUGUGCCAAAUUGAUCUUUAGUUUUAUAAUUCCUUGUUUAAUGCCACUUUUAAUAAAUCUUUGCAUGGGACCAUGACAUUUGAAUUGGUGCAGAGAGAGAGGGGGGUGGCUUUCUUGAAAUUAGUAUAACUUUAACAUACCAGUGCCACAAUCAGUGUUGGUUUACAAAAUUGUCACUUUGCUUAAUUUCUUCAUAUAUUUGAACUUUGCAGUAUGUUUCUAUAGAUUCUAAGAUGCCCUACUCUGUUAAAUCUUGAUUGUUCACUAUUACACUAGAGUCUCACUUAUCCAAGACUCGCUUAUCCAAGGUUCUGGAUUAUCCAAUGCAUUUUUGUAGUCAAUGUUUUCAAUAUAUUGUGAUAUUUUGGUGCUAAAUUCAUAAAUACAGUAAUUACAACAUAACAUUACUGUGUAUUGAGCUACUUUUUCUGUCAAAUUUGUUGUAUAACAUGAUGUUUUGGUGCUUAAUUUGAAAAAUCAUAAUUUAAUUUGAUGUUUAAUAGGCUUUUCCUUAAUCCCUCCUUAUUAUCCAAGAUAUUCGCUUAUCCAGGGUUCUGCUGGCCUGUUUAGCUUGGAUAAGUGAGACUCUACUGUAUAACCUUUCCCAGUGGGGUGACCUCUGAAUAUUUUGGCCCAACAGUAGUCAGGAAAUAUGAAUGAUGGAGCCAAAAACAUCUGGAGAGCUUCUGGCUUUGAAAGGCCAUAAAAUGUGUGGAAUUACAUCUUUAGCCUAAUUGCCGUGGCUGGGUUUUUGUUUUGGUUUGUUUUUGUAUUUAAUCUCUGAUUUUAGUGUUUCCAGGCUUUUUGUCUUGAGUCCCCUUGGGGAGAAGGGCGGGGUAGAAAUAUCGGAAAUAAAUAAAUAAAUAAUUGUCUGUAUCCAUGUCUCCUUGUAGAGAAAAAAAGUGCAGUAUAAAUAAACAUAAUCAUAAUAAUAAUGAAAAUUUGUGCCAUAUUAUAGUUCGCUCAUACUUUAAGGUGCCUUGGGACUCUGUUGUUUUUGUUACAAAUAACACGGCUACACCUCUUGAAAAAUUAUGACUUGUUUUCAUAUGGUUGCUAUGGUCCAAGUAAGAGUGAAUUAUUCCAGUACUACAGUCCUCUUCACUCAUUUCUGUAAUAUUGCUCUUAUCUGGAUGAUAACUAAGAUCAUACAGAUACAUGCAUAGUGUUAUGCUAUACAUAGUAAUUAUUCUCUGUAGGUUGGGGAAUGGAGUGUGGAUACAGAUUCCUUUCCCUUUCCUUCAUUUGGCAGGUGAGCUAUACUAACAGAGAAAAAAAGAUUUGCAAAAAAAUUGUUCAAUCUGUUAAAAUAUGUUAAAUAUUCAUAUCACUAAAAUGUAAAAUUAUUGAAAUUUGACCAAUUACAUCCAAUUAAAUCCAUUUUACCUUAUUUCUGGAUAGUUUUGUGGGGCAUGAAGAGAGUGGUUGAAUAUUAGUUGAAGAUGUUGGCACUAUAAAUCUAAUACUGCUGUGAGUUUAGUAGAUGCAUAAUGCCAAUUCAUAUUAUGCCUCAGCAUGAGUUUAUAUCUCCUAAUUAGUGCCACCUUUUUAUGGAGAGCACAUGCUAUGAAAGUUUGUUUGUCAUGUCAAUAGAGACCAGGGGAUGUAGAAGAGUUCUCAGUUAGAAUAGGUGGUUUGAGAGGAGCACAAGAGACUUGUAAUUUAAUAAAGGAAGAAUGAAAAAGUGCAUUUUUCAAAAGUAUAGAGUUAGAUCCAUUUUGUGAUGAACACGGGUAUGUGCUCAUUAUCCGUGUCCUCCUUAUCUUUUUUGCCUUAUUAAUUAGACUUAAUUAAAAUGUUAUUUAAAACGUGGAUAGAAACAUUAAAAACAUAAAAGUUUUUAUUCUAGCUUUAUAAAUGUAUAAUAUUAUGAUAUUCAAAUGCUAAUCAUAUCACUUAGCAGAUGACUGAAGAAAGGAGUAUUUCGAAUAAAGACAUAAAUUAUAAAUUGUAAACAGUGCAUAGGGGAUAUGUUAUAACUGUGUCUCAUUUAAAUUAAGUCAGGGAGCUUUCUCUGAAGCAGAUUAUGUGACUUCAUUAAGUUUUAAAAUUCCCCACUUUGUAAUGUUUUAUUAAGAUCUAUUGGCAACAGUCUACACCAACUUGUGUUAGAGGAGAACAUAAUUGUAUAAAAACUUUAGCUGAAGCUCAAAAGAAUGUCCGUAUAUGAUGAUGCUUCCAUACUUUUCUGUACUGUUGUGGUAAGUACGCUUUCUCCAAUGCUCCCCUCUAUCCCCAGAAAUAUCAUGGUUUUGCUUUUUUAAAGCUUUUUUUUAAAAAAAAUCUCAAACAUUUACAUGAUCAAUGUCUUUUGCUAGAGGGAUAAAGUUUGCUCUUCCAUGGACAAGUGCGAACAUAUUGAUCAUUUUAUUCUAUUUGCUAUUUCUAAAUUCAAUAUACCUCUUGAGUCGAUAAGCGAGAUCGAGAGCAUAUUCUUUUUUUGUGUGUGCCUGCUUGUAGCUUGUUCUCAAGAUUCAAGAUACAUUUUUGAUUAAUCACAAAUGCUCUGGGGUCAUGGAGAGCAAAUGUGUUUGUGGAGUGUCAGCUGAUGCUGUCAGAUAAAUGUCUUAAGCUUAGCCAGGGUUCAUGCCCCAGCUUUAGGCUGUGCCAAAUGUCUCCCCUUGUUGAGGAAGAUAACAGCUACACUGGAGGCGACUGAGCUGUUUGUUCACUGAAAGGGCUGACCUUGCCAUAUGGGGCUACAAUCAGGUGAAAGAAAUAGUGUAUAUGUUUUAAUUGAAACUUUUAAGAAGAACUCCACUCAUUCUUAAUGCAUAUAAAUACUUUGUUUCCCAUUUAUGUAUCCCCCGUCAUCCUCAUUUCUUCUUCCAAUUUUAUCAUUUUGUGUAUUACUUUAUAAAUUUCAUGUUGUUAUGCCUUUCCAUAUUAGUAUCCAUUUAGUAUUGUCAUUAUCCUGGAAGGAAACAGGCAAAGCCGUUUAAAGGGAUAUUUUUGACUUUUUUUAGUCCCAUUGCCAGAGGGGGCUGAAUUCUCAGUUCAGACAAGAACUAAGGUUUCCAGCUGUGAGCUUGCAGUGGAUUGUUCAACAUUUUUAUUCCAUGUUUGUCUCAAAAAUACAGUUCUGAACCUAGCGGAAGGGUCAUACGAGGUAACCCCAAACCUUUUUUGACUUCUGAAGACCUGUUUAAUCACAUUUGCUUCAUCUGUAGUAAUUUGUCUUCUAUUGCUAGACAGAACAUAAAUAAGAAAUAGUGGUGCAGUUGGUAUGUUAACACCUGGAGAACAUUUUGUACCAAGCCUGUCUAUGAUUUGUAAUGCUACAGGCAAGAGGCUGUAUCAUAUGGUGGUGCAUAAAUAAGUGAAAGCUCUCUGGGCUACUUGAGAACUUCCUUGUAAAAUGCUUAAAAUCGCUGCCUUUUCUUCAUCCUAGCAUAGAUCCUUCUCUGCUGCUGAUACAAUGAUUUACAUACUUUUUCUUUCCUUGUAAGAGUCCAUACUGUACUGUCAUGGGUUAAUUAGACACAAUGACGCUAUUAAAGAUGGAGGGGAAAAUAACACAUCUGUCAUGAACUCCCUCUUGGAAAUGAGGCAUUUUAAAUAUUUUAUAGUGAACACAAACUAUCUUGAGGAAAUGGGCUUAUAUUCUCUGCCCACAAACAAACAUCUAUAUGAGAUGAAUAGUUCUGCUUAAACAAUUAGAAUUCUCCACCAUUUGUUAAGAUCUCUGCAUUUAAAAGAAACUGUGCUAUAUAAAAUGUUUCAUCUCAAAUCAUGUAUUUAGAACAUUUUGGCAUCUUGGUAUCUUGUACAUAUUCAUGUAAUUUGGUGUCAUAAAAUGAGAAGCAGCAAUGAGGAAUCCUGCCAAUAGAAAGGACAUCUUGUUCCCAAUGAUUUAUUUUCAUCCAACAUCUAGACCAAAUUGAAUGCAAAUACUUUGUACUUUAAACUAAUUGGAACCGAAUCUCUGGCCGUAUUUAUUACAAGAUACGCUUAAUUUAACAAAACCAAUAUUUAGCAUAUUUGCAUAGUGCCAUUUUGUGAUGUGAAAUGUUUUCCCAUCUUCUGCUUAUAUAAUUUGUAACUUUGUUUAGAAAUACUGUGGGAUGUGGAUAUUCAAGUUUGAAUUUGAGUGUUUAUAGCUGUUCAGAUAAGUGGAACAGUAACUUCCCAAACAGAGGAGUAAAAAGCAAGUGUCUUGUAUGCUAAAAUUACACAAAUCUCAUAGUUUUGCAUUUAUUAAUUACUAAGGCAUGAAUUUAAAGCAUGUAAUCAUGGAUUCCUCCCUUCCUGUACCUUUUAAUCCUAAUAAGAAAAGAAAUAUUCCCUACUAGAUAUCUUUUUAAACUAUUUCUCAACAAGUACCAUUCUGUCCAUUCGAUGUAAACAUAUAUUUCAUCUUUGACAACUGUUUCAUGGCACUUGGUGUUACUGAUGGUGCAUGCACAACUUCUGCUUCUUUUCUUUUCUGUUUAGGACAGCUGCCAACUACAGUUGACCCUGCUGUGUUUUUCAGCUCCAGUACAUCUUACAAAAUAAAGUAGUGUUGUCAUGCUGGAAACAUAUUUGAGGAAAUAAUUCAUGACUGUAGUUCACUAGACUGAAAGGGAGACUCUGCAUUGUAUAGAAAAUAUCUUUUGGUUUCUGACUGAAUGGUGACAACCAAAACACUUCUCAAGGACCAGCUCAAGAAAGAGACUAGGGAUGAGCUUUGAUGAAUAGUCUCUCUGGUACCCCCACACUAAGCUUAACCGGUAUAUCAGUGUUUCCAAUAAUAAUCCCAGCCUCUUCCCAAUAAUCGUUAUUUGUUUGUUUCAUUUAUGAAUUGUCUUGUUGGCAAAACUCUCAAUCUAAAUCAUAUAACUUUAAAAAAUAUAAAAGGUAAUAUAAAAACAACAUAUAAAAGUAGAGAAGUACUAGUGCAACAAGGGAAAGGGCAGUUUUCAAACAAAGCUUUGCAAACAGGUUAAAAAAACCUUAUUUUUAAAAGAAUCAUUCUUUUUAAUUUCUGCAAGAAUAGAAAAUAUUAUUGUUGUUUGUAGUAGCAGUAGUUUUUAAAAGGCCUGCAAGAAUAGGGAAGGGUUUGAUCUGGCAUUGCAACAUCAGCAGAGUGUACAACAGAGUCCCUUCUUAGGAAAUCGUUCCACGUUUGGAGGCCACUGUAGUAUACAGACACUUAGAGUGCCACCUCCAAUGAUGGUCUCCUGGAAAAGGCAGGAACAUUUUUAAUUUAUUGUGAUUUUCUAUCUAGAAACAACUCUCAACUAAUCAGAAUCAUGCUCCAUAACAUGCCUUUUCUCAAUUUCUCUUUCUGUGUACCUCCAUAUGAGUUUGUGCAUGUGCCUUCAAGUCUUCUGUUGACUUAUAGUAGCCACAUGAAUUGUGUAGGAUUUUCUUAGACAAAGAAUAUGCUUUGAUUUCCACUGAAAUAUAACCCACUGCACCUAAUUAGUGGUCUCCCGUUCAGGUAACUUCCAAGAUGGGGAGCAGGUGCUUUCAGGAUAUUUAAGCCCUCCAAACAUGUUUACCUGUGCAGUUUAAAAAAAUAUUUUCUCAAAUUAGAAGACUUCUGAAAAUUAGUGGUAGAGGACAAAAAUUAUACAAUCUGUUCAAUCCCCAAAAAAACAACAUUUGACUACAUAGCCACAUCCUAAGAAUCAGAACUUUUACACAUUUUCAGAUGUCCUCCGACUUUUCUCUCCCUCGUUAUGAACUGAUUGUAAUUCCUUUUAACUGAACCACUUUCACAUUUACUGACUGGUGGACACUUCAUGUAUGAGGACUUCUUGCACUUUCUUAUCCAUUGUUUAGUUAAAUUUGUUUAAUUUGCUUUGUGCACACAUUAUAAGAGCCCUUCCUUGGUGAUGGGUUUCUCUGAAUUACAUCGUAAGAUGUGAUUUAGCCCUGAUAAAAUGUAAUAUUUGCUAUUAUAAUAAAUCACCACCAAAAUACCUUGCUUAGCUUUAAAAUAUUUUCUUUUAUUAUGUUAGAUCUCCCAGUUUGGCACUCCAACCUACACAUAUUUUUCUAUAUUAUGAACCUUUUUAUUCUCUCUUAUGUUUGUUUUCUCCAGUCUGCCAGACAGAAUGAGAACAGUGAUGUUGAGAUAGAAUGCUGAUGUAUGAUUCUAAAAUCUGAAAUAGACAAAUAUUUUGUCAAUAUAUGACAAAGAGCUUGAGAUAUAAUCAGUUUGGAGAGAAAUGACUAAUCUUUGAUAUUUCCAAAUAAAAUAUAAUUUCUGAGAACAUGGGAAACAAAUUAAAACAGAAGCACAACUGAAAAUUCUAAUUAAAAAUCAAUCACAAUAAGCUAAAGGAAAGAUCUUGUUGACUCAGCUAAGAUCUAAGGAGUAUACAUGAGUUUUGCACUUGAGACCAUGGUCCUUACAGGCAGUCUUUGUGCAAAACAGGAAAAAGCAAAGGACUUUAGAUAAAGUAAGAAUAUAUGUUCAAAGGAUAUACAGUAGAGUCUCACUUAUCCAAGCCUCGCUUAUCCAAGUUUCUGGAUUAUCCAAGCCAUUUUUGUAGUCAAUGUUUUCAAUAUAUCGUGAUAUCUUGGUGCUAAAUUAGUAAAAAUAGUAGAAUCAUAGAAUCAUAGAAUCAUAGAAUAGUAGAGUUGGAAGAGACCUCAUGGGCCAUCUAGUCCAACCCCCCGCUAAGAAGCAGUAAUUACAACAUAACAUUACUGCGUAUAGAACUGCUUUUUCUGUCAAAUUUGUUGUAUAACAUGAUGUUUUGGUGCUUAAUUUGUAAAAUCAUAACCUAAUUUGAUGUUUAAUAGACUUUUCCUUAAUCCCUCCUUAUUAUCCAAGAUAUUCGCUUAUCCAAGCUUCUGCCGGCUCAUUUAGCUUGGAUAAGUGAGACUCUACUGUAGAUACAAAGUUGUGCAGAUAAAUUUCAAGAGACCUCACACUUUGUUUCAAGACUAAUAUGUGGCUUUUCAUUUUAUUUCAAAUAGAACAGGAACAUACUCAUUUUUAACGUGGAUAAAAACAUUGCUGGUAGUUCUAGGUUCUGAAAUUCUGAUAGUUUUUACAGAGAAAAUACAUAGUAAAAUUCAGAUGUUUUCUGUUUGACUUUAAAUGAUUAAACUCAAACUGUCAGCAUAACAGAGAUUCUUAUAUUUGUUCAACAGUCAUGAUGUUUGUAUCUUAUUUGUAACUCUUAAAUGUGAUUUUGAUUAUUUGAAAUUUUAUAAUGAGAAAACAGGGAGAAAAGUUUGAGUGUACGGUACUCCAUCUGUCAUGUAGUAAUCAUUACUUGAUUUAAUCACAUCAAUCUGUGUUUGUUUAAAUAAUGAUGAAGCAGGUGAGUAAAGAACUUUGUAUUAUUUGUUGAUUUCAUAUCCUACCUUUCUCCAAAAAGAAAUUAAACAAACAUUUAAACAUAUACAGUUGGCUUUCCAUAUCCAUUGCUUUUGUAUCCACGGAUACAAAGAUUCAACCAUCCACAGCUGGAAAAUACCCAUCCUAAAACUUUCUAAAAAGGAAAUCUUCAUUUUUCCAUUUUGUAUAAGGGACACCAUUUUACUACAUCAUUCUUGAUUAUGGAACUUGACCAUCCACUGAUUUUGGUGUCCAUAUGGGGCCUUGGAACCAAUUUACAGGAGAUACCGAGGGCCUGCUAUACAGAGAAGGAGCUUGUUUAGCCUCUUUAGAAUGAUGAUUUAGAGCUUGGGAGCAACCACAAAGAAGGCUCUGUUCUGUAUAUCCACCGACUGUUUUUCUAAAAGUGGCAAGACCUAGAGAAUUGUCCCAAGGUUCUCAAAUCCCAAAUAGCUUUGUAUUGGAAAAUACAUUCCUUCAGGUGAUCCAGAUUCAAGUCAUUUAGUUCAUAACCAGCACUUCAAAUCAUGCCCAGAAACAGAAGAGCAGCCAGUGCAGUUGUUAUCCAAAUGGGAUAUAAGCAAGGCUUUUGUUACUGUGAUCUCUGCAAGAACAGCAAGAACAGUAACUUUAACUAUGCAAAUAUAGCCCUUUGCCAUCUCAGAGGCCUGCGCUGAUUAGGGCUAGAUCCCGGAGAAUACUCCAGCUGUGAACAUGGGCCUUCAAACAUUCAGGUUGAAUCCAUGUUCCCUGAGAUUGACCAGAAUCACUUGUAUCUUGCUUCAAUCAUAGGUCAUCCAUCAAAGUGCCCACAACUAUCGCUGAUCCAUAAGCAAGCCUGAAACUAGAUUGAAAUGGUUCUAAUUGAUGUCAUUCCAGAACCGCUGAAGCUGGGAUCCUAUCACAUGAUCUGAUACCUUGCCCAUAAAUGGAAUUUUAAAAACUUGCUAGUAAUUAUGCAACUUGGUAGGAUUCAGGGAGUGGUUUUCAAUAGAUGUCUUACAACUUUCUCUCUUAGGCAUGUAGAAUCUUCUUUUUACUACUAGGACAGUCCCUCUCUGGUGUUUAUAAUAAGUCAGAAAGAGAAAAGAUCUAGUAAGCACAUGAUGACUCAUGGAAGGUGGUGCAUUUUCUUGCUUGUGACAUGUCUUCUUUUAGGUUUGAGUCAAAAAAUCUGGGUAAGCAUUGACAGCUAUUUAGAACAGUGAUUUAAUUUCAACACAGAUAAAGAAAAAUCACAAGUGUUGCCUUUAAGAAUUUAUUACUAGCUGGAAGCAAAAAAAUGGCUGGAAGCAAAACAAAAGGUGUCUGUACAAGGUCCUAAAGAGUGAUUGUUUUCAAAAGUAAGGUUGUCUUGGCUUCAGAUAUCCAAAUCUCUUGGAUUCAGUGGUGAAGUAAAUGCAUCUGUAUGCAUUUGCAGCCUGUUCCCUUUCACCACCUUCACCCUCUUUCCCCCUUCCCCUUUUAAUUCUGUUGUUUUGCUGACCAUUUAUGUGAAGUUUAGUGGAAGAAACAACUAAAAACAGAGGAAAGAGCAAAAAAGAAAAGUAAAAUUUAUUUCCUUCUUUCUUCUCCUUUACUCUUUUGCCCACUAAUUUCUUACUUUCGAAGGAUAGACUCUUGUUUUUUAUUACCUGUUUAUAAGUUCCUAUUUUUUAAUAUUACAUUGGGAUUUGGUUGUGUUUUGGUGUCAACAGCUUAUAAGAUUUAGAAUAGAUAAUACCAGAUACUUUAGGUUAUAUUUCAGAGGAAGGGACUGCCAAAACUAUCUCUGAGUAAUUCUUGCCUAAAGAAAGCCUUGUGAAAUUCACAAAGUUGCCACAAGUCGAAAGGCAACGUGAAAGUGUAUAUCAUAUAAGCAUUGGGAGCAUAUAAGCAUCAUGUAGCUUCGUUGUGUGGUCUUUUACUGAAUGGAAUAUUUAGUAUGCUCUCAGGGAAGCUGAGUAAAAGACCAAACACAUUUUGUUGGUAUGCCAUGGGGGGAUGCUGUGGCCUUUAUGCGUAUCUUGAAUAAUUAGCUGUCCAACCAAGAUGUCAGACAGGCACAAAGAUAAACUCUGUUUGUGUUAGAGGAUAAGAAAACGUUCAAAAGCAGAAGCAUUUAGACAUAUGGAAUACAUGAACCACACUUAAUUUGUCGUAUUAUUUUGUGCUUUAUAAGCAUCACACAGACACUUGUGUAUGUAAUGCUAGAUUACUGGAAAUUUCUGAAGAUAAAUGCUGAGAGGCAAAAAAGAUAGACUUAAACAUGUUUUUUAGUGAAAUCAUGUAAAUUUAACCUAAUAAUUAAAAACUGUCAUGGCCAUGUGAUGGCUUAUCAACAAUAUCAUAGAUGUAGUUAUUGUAAACAUACUGUAUGAAACAGUAGCAUCCAUUUUAUUUGGUUAAUCUUUACUGUUCUUUUCAAAUCAGUAAGCAGAUAAAAAUAUUACCCUACUAUCAUACAUUUUUUCAAGCCAUUGUUAUCCUCACAUUCCUGGAUGAUCAAAAAAUGUUUGGUACAGGAUAAAACACUCUCGAGACCUGAUGGGUGUAGAAAGCCUUUGCUUUACUCUAAUUGGUCAAUAUGGCUCUAAUGGGACAUUAGGUUAACUAACUUUAAAGCUAAUUUUCUGUCCUUUUUCUAUUACAAAAUCAUGAAGUUAGCUCCUCAUUUAGUAAAAAAGAUGAGAGGGCCUCUUGUCCUGUUUAGCCAUUGCUUGAGAUAACUCUAACAAUGGUUCUGAUUAGAACUAGCAGAUCUGGCAAGAUCUGGCAAUAGGUGCACAAGUAAAUGGGUUUCUAUAAAUGUCCUUAAUCAUAACGUAGAGUUUAUUUACAUUUGUCUUUUUCACAAUUCUAAUAGACGUAGGCUGGUCUUGUUUUCUGUACUUUAUCUCUGGACACACGCACACCUUAGGACCCAGUAAAAUGUACCUGAGGGACUGGUCCUGCUUACCUGACUCCUGACUUUCUUUUUCAUAAGUUAAGGAAAUCAGUUCAUUCUAAUAGUUUUUUCCCAGUCCUAUAGCAAAAAAAAAAAUGACCCACUGCUUUCAAGGACACUAUUGUAAAGUAUGUGUUUUCUAUUUAGCAACUUUCAAAUUCAAUCCAUGGUAUCUCCAGAUUAUAUGAGGGAAAGGGCCUGAAGAACCAUUGCAAAUCAGUUAAAACAGUAUUAAACUUGAUGGACUAAAGAUAUAAGGCACUUCACUGAAAGGAAUGUUCUGAUGUUCCUAUCACAGUAUUCAAGAUAUGUAGGAACGGUGAUGGUACAUAAGGAGAAAUAUAGAGAAUAGAAAAUACUUUAUACAUUUCUCCAACCCUAUCCAUGGUUGAUUAUGACAAAAACAUUGGCACCAGAGAAGCUAUUCAAAUUUUAGUGAGAAGUAGGACAGUAACAGAUGGGCCUCAUCCAGUGACAUAAAGUAGAAAAUAGUGCUGAAAGCUGAUUUGUAUUUCUAAAACUUAUUUCUAAUUUUGUCAUAUUGUUCACUCUUAUUCUACAUGUAUCAUUUACAGAUCUAAGUCAAGUGAAAGCAAUCUAUAGAAGAUAUGACAGGUUGUCUUCUCACCAUAAAGAAAAUACGAGAAUGGCAAGUUUGUUAGCAGUAUAUACUGCUGAAUGUAGUAUAUGAAACAGGAAUGUCCGGCUCACUUCAAAGGACCAGUCUGAACGCAGAUCAAAGAUAGCUGCUCUCAAAUCCAAUCUUUAUUGAAGAAUACAUGACUUUGGAAAAGUCGAGAAUGACCUAAUGUUUACAUACAAUCAUUUUUAUCACCUCUGAUGCAACGUAACACCACACGCAAAUAUCAUCAUCAAACCCCACCCCUUGUAUCACAUUUCUACUAUUCCCACACACUAUACCAAUUAUAAUUGUUUAUACUUUCAACCCCGAGUUCCCAGGCUCAUUCUAUCUUCUUCUGCCAGGUGCUUCCAGGAUUAUUUAUGUUAUGACUCCAAGUCCAGGGCUUGGAAAUUCAGCCCUGGGACUUGGUUCCAUGACAUGGCACCCUCUUUUUCUUCGUCCUCCUCUUCGGCUCUUCUUUCAUCACAAUCCUGAAAUAAAUCAAACAAUAACUCUAUGUGUCCAUUUUGUCCAAAGUACCCAUAUACUUUUUCAGUAAGCUGCGAUGGAAUACUGGGUGUAUUUUCCCUAAACUUUUUGGCAAUGCCAACUGGAAAGUCACUUCGUUGAUAACCCCCUGUAUUCUGAAUGGUCCAAUAUAUUUGGGGCCCAAUUUUCUCGAAGGUAGCCCCAAUUUGAUGUUUUGGGUACUUAACCACACUAAAUCUCCUUUCUCCAAUUUAUCGCCUUCCACCCUUUUUCUGUCUGCGAAUGUUUUAUACUUUUUGUGUGCUUCCUUUAAGGAUGCAGUCACUUGACUCCAGCAUUCUAGCAUUUGAGUUUUCCAUUUCCCUGCCCCUGUUUCUUCAUUCUCUGUCCAUUUUGGCAACUGGGGCAGAGGCUGUAUUUCAUACCCGUAAACUACUUCAAAGGGAGUUUUAUUUGUUGCUGAAUGUAUAGUCGAAUUAAAAGCUAGUUCUGCGAAAGCCAGCCACUUAGACCAGUCAUUUUGUCUCAUGUUAGAGUACAUUCGAAGGAACUGCCCAAGUGUCUGUUGAGUACGUUCUACUGCCCCGUUUGUCAUGGGGUGAAAAGCAGAACUUAGACUCCUUUCUGCUCCUAGCAUUUCCAAGAAUUUUUCCCAAAAUUUUGCUGUGAAUUGAACCCCUCUGUCACUGACCACUCUACUGGGACAUCCAUGAAGUUUGUAAAUAUGGUUUAUGUAUAAUUCAGCUAGUUUUUCUGCCGAUGGUAAUUUUGUCAGUGCUAUAAAGUGGGCCUGUUUAGAAAACAGGUCUAAUACUGUCCAAAUAUAACGAUGUCCUUUGCUAACCGGCAGUUCCCCCACAAAGUCCAUAGCUACACAUUCCCAAGGCCUGGUAGGUUCCGCUACUGUUUGUAAUAAUCCCAUUGGCUUCCCUCCUCUCGAUUUAUUUCUGGCACAAUCAUCACAUUGAACAACAUAAUUCUUUAUGUCCUUCCUCAUUCCUGGCCACCAACAAUGUUUUGCUAUUGCCUUUGUUGUUUUUGUAAUUCCUGUAUGACCAGCGCUCUGGUUAUUGUGAAAACGAUGCAAAAUCUUAAUCCUUAAUAUUGCUGGGAUAUACAGUUUCUUGUUCACAAACCAAAAUCCCCCCUUCUGCUCCCCCUUUUCUGCGUUGGAUGCGAUCCACUGAUCUCCUUCGUAUGACUGUUUCAGUUCUUUUCCCCAACUACUUUCCCCGUCGAAUUCAAUAAUAGCAGUGUUCUCUCUUUGGGUUUGCGCUCUUGUCCUGACAGCUAAGCCCCAUUGUUUAUCAGAGAAUAUUGUUCCCUCUUUUGCUGUGGUUAUGCCUUCGUGUUGAGGCAUGCGUGAAAGAGCAUCAGCCAAGACAUUCUGUUUCCCUUGGAAAAACUUUAAUUGGAAAUCGAACCUGCUGAAGUAUUGUGCCCAUCUAAUUUGUUUGGGGGACAAUUUUCGAGGAGAUUUUAAAUACUGGAGGUUCUUAUGGUCAGACCAAAUUUCAAAUGGGAUUCCGCUCCCUUCGAGGAAGUGUCGCCAGCAUUCUAAGGCUUUUAAUAUGGCUAAUGCCUCUUUUUCCCAUAUGGGCCAACAUUUUUCAGUUUCACUGAACUUCCGGGACAAAUAUCCACAAGGUUUUAAGUUCCCAUUUUGAUCCUUUUGCAAUAGUACUGCCCCGUAUGCACAGUCUGAAGCAUCGCAAUGGAUUAUGAAAGGGCUCCGGAUAUCGGGGUGUUUUAGGACGGGUUCUUCUGUGAAGCAUCCUUUUAGGGUUUCAAAUGCCUUUUGGCAUUCUGGCGUCCAACUCAGUUUGGCGCCAGGAGCUUUCACUUUUGCUGUCUCCCCUUUCCCUUUUGUUUUUAAAAGUUCAGUAAGGGGUGCGGUUAUUUGCGCAAAGCCUUUUAUGAACGAUCUAUAAAAAUUUGCAAACCCCAGAAAUGAUUGCAAUUGCCUCCUUGUUUGGGGUACUCCCCAUUCUUUUACGUCUGAUACUUUAGACGGGUCCAUAGCUAACCCUUCUGGAGAUAUCCGAUACCCCAGAAAGUCAAUUUGAGUUUUAUUAAAUUCACAUUUGGACAGUUUUGCAUACAGCUUUGCUUCCCUUAGUCUCUGCAAAACUUCCCGGACCAAUUCCACGUGCUUUUCUUUGUCUUCGCUCACGAUCAAUAUAUCAUCAAGGAAUAUGAAUACCCCUCGGUACAACAAUGGGUGCAGUAUUUCAUUUAUAAGCUGCAUAAAGCAACUGCCGCCAUUUUUUAACCCAAAUGGCAAAAUUUUAUAUUCAAAAUGGCCGAAUGCGCAGGAAAAUGCAGUUUUCCAAGUAUCCUCAGGUUUGAUUCUUAAUUUAUGAUAUGCUUCAAUUAAAUCAAGUUUAGUAAAUAUGCUCCCUUUCUUCAAUACGGUAAUUAAAUCCUUUACUAAGGGCAUAGGGUAUUUAUUGUCCUUAGUAAUUGCAUUUAAAUUUCGAUAGUCAAUGCACAAUCUUAGGGAGUUGUCUUUCUUUCUCCUAAAUAACACUGGGGCUCCGAGAGGAGAACUGGAUGGCUUAAUGAAGCCUCGCGCCAGGUUCUUAUCAAUAUAUUUCCUCAAUUCCUCCUUCUCCUGAACAGACAUGGGAUACACUUUUGGUUUUGGUAAGUUUGCUCCUGGGGUUAUUUCAAUUUCUACUUCUAUAUUCCUCUUGGGAGGUAAUUUACUUGCCUCUUUCUGAUUGAAAACAUCCACAAAGUCUCUGUAUUCAGGUGGCAAUAGCUGUGGGUCUAUUUCACCUGCUUCAUCUUCCUCGUCCUCCUCUCCUGCUAUUUUGCUUAUCUCCCAUUGCGUCUGUUGUUCUUUAAAUGCUAGGCUCUUUCCUCUCCAAUCUACUUCGGGAUUUGCCUGUUCGAGCCAUGGGAUCCCUAGUAUUACGUGGUAUGUGGCAAUAGGGGCUAUCACAAAGGAUAUUCUUCCUUCCCAUUUGCCUAUUUUACAUGGGACCCCCCGUAUUUCCUUUGUAGAUACUUCCCCAGCAGCAACUGAUCCAUCUAGCUGCGAAAAUGCAAUUGGGGAGUCAAGCAAUGUCUGCUGGCAUUUCAGCGCUCCUGCUAGUUCCGGAGUUAUAAUGUUCCUAGAACAACCGCAAUCCACGAAUGCCCUGCAGGUGGCCCGAUUCUCUAGCCCCGAUAGGCAGAUUGGCACUACUAGCAUGCGUUUGUCUCGACUCACCAGCCUUUCCGAAGAUUCUGGGGCUCGCACCUCCUCCUCCGCUCGCCUCCCGGUUGCUGGCUUGGGCUUUGAGGGUUUUGGCGGCUCCCCCUUCCGGGCCCAACAUUCUGCUGCUCGAUGGCCCGUCUUCCCACAUACAAAGCAUCCCGGCUUGGGUUUGUUGUCAUCUCCUUUGAAGGGGAUCCCCGGCCUCCCUCCGGGCCUUUCCUGCUUCCUCGUUUCUCCUCGACCUCUCGCCACCGGUCUUUGCUGGCCGCCGCCGCCCCUGAAACGCUUUACUUGGGCCAGGGUGGAUUCGACGCGCCCCGCUAGUUGUAUCCAGCCCUGGAGUGUUUCUGGGUCGUCUCUGUGCGCUGCCCAACUAAAAACCUCGGGGCGUAGUCCCUCUUUAAAUAUCUCCACUUUGGUCACUUCAGACCACUCUGGUACCCUUUCCGCGAGAUGGAGGAAUUCCUCUGCGUACUCGGGCACCGUUUUGUCCCUCUGCUUUAUUCCUUUAAGCUGGUCUCGAGCCCUCAAUUGCUCUAGCCGGUCUCUGAACCGGUUUUCCAGUGCGGCGAGGAAGCGGGGCACUGACCUCAGGCAUGGGUCGCGUCUGGCAUGUAGUUGCACAUACCAGCUGGCCGCUCCUCUCUUUAGUGUGUUGCCGAUGGCCCGAACCAUGCUUGCUUCGGAGGGGAAUGUGUGUGCAUUGUCUUCCAUAUAUCCUCUGAUGCUAAUGAGGAAAAAGUUCAGUUCAGAUGAUUCCCCUCCGUAUUCCAGUUUGAGAUCUUCCCUCCUUUGCAUCCAUUCUGCGGCCCGUUGAUGCUGUCUGGGAGGCAUGGGGAAGGGUUGCAUCGGGUUUCCUUGGACGGCCCCUUUGAACACGCCGCGCCCCACUCCGGCGGUCGUUCUGCGCGGCUCCCGAAAUUCUGCCGCUGCUGUCGGCCCUUCCACCCAUCCGAAUGCGGGCCUCGCUGUAGCCCCCGCACCUCGCCUUCCCUCGUCGUACAGCACAUCCUCCUCCUCUUCCUGGAUCUCCGGCUCCUCUCCGCCUUCGUCCGCUAAUCCACUGGACCCGAUCCCUGGCCCCAGUGGUCUUUCCACCCCGACGCCCAUUCGGGGGGUUGGAAGUUCUGUCGGAGUUGGCGGCCUCAGAGUUCCCAGAGCUUGCUGGCGCUCCAUUUCGCGCGCCAUUCUGUCUCGGAACUCCAGUUCCUGCCAGUAUUCCUCAUCCCCCUCGCCCCUCGCCUCCACGGGGCUCUGCGUUGAGGCGCGCUGGCCCCUCUGGCUCCAAUCUCCUUCUUUACUUGGCUCUCUCUCGGCGCCAUAUCGGGUGGGCUCCUUUUGGAGAUUCUCUUCCAAUAGUGGCACCAACCUCCCCACGGUUUCCGACAGCCUGGAUAAAUUAGUUUCCAGUAUGGAUAACCGCAGGGCCACGGUCUCCGGCAUGCUUCCUCCAGAUCCCCAACUGGUUUCUGCAGCCGCAGAGACGCCUCUUCCUCCUCUGGGAAUCCUCUGGGUCACGCCGUUCGGCCUGGGGUACCCCGUAGAGGAAGCUAUGGCUUGCAGCGUCUCUUCCCCCAACGGCCGGGCCCCUGGCAAAGGCCUCCCUGCUCCAUUUGGGCUUUGAUCUCCUUCUUCAUUCAUUAUCACUUCACUGCGAAUCCGCAGGAGGGUGAGAACGGGAUUCUCGACUUAAAUGUCCGGCUCACUUCAAAGGACCAGUCUGAACGCAGAUCAAAGAUAGCUGCUCUCAAAUCCAAUCUUUAUUGAAGAAUACAUGACUUUGGAAAAGUCGAGAAUGACCUAAUGUUUACAUACAAUCAUUUUUAUCACCUCUGAUGCAACGUAACACCACACGCAAAUAUCAUCAUCAAACCCCACCCCUUGUAUCACAUUUCUACUAUUCCCACACACUAUACCAAUUAUAAUUGUUUAUACUUUCAACCCCGAGUUCCCAGGCUCAUUCUAUCUUCUUCUGCCAGGUGCUUCCAGGAUUAUUUAUGUUAUGACUCCAAGUCCAGGGCUUGGAAAUUCAGCCCUGGGACUUGGUUCCAUGACACAGGAAUACAUUCUCUGUUGCUUAACAAGUGUUUUACCUCAUCUUUUCUGUUUCUGUUUCCCUGAGACAGCUUUGACUCCUUCUUAGAAUAUCACAACAGUGAUUCCUGUUUUAAUUACUUUUUGAUUAGACUACUGUGUCAAACCAGCAUGGUACAAUGGUAAAGACCAGGUUUGAAUCCCCACUCAACCAUGGAAGCUCUCUGGGUGACCUUGGGCAAAUCACACUCUUUGAGCUUCUGAAGAAGGCAAAGCAAAUCUUAUCAGAACAAACCUUGUCUAGGAAACCCCAUAACAGGUAUCAAUUCCACUGCGUUCCAGUUUGCCUGCAGUUGGUUUUGACCAACAAAAUGGCUUGAAACCAAGAGAGUUUAAUGACUGGCUUCUCCCAUAUGAGCUUAUUGAGAAUUUGAAAGUCUCAAACAAUGGAUAUACAUUUUAUUUAUUUUUAUUUUUAUUUUAAAAGGUAAAGGUUUUCCCCUGACAUUAAGUCCAGUCGUGACCGACUCUGGGGGUUGGUGCUCAUCUCCAUUUCUAAGCCGAAGAGCCGGCGUUGUUCGUAGACACCUCCAAGGUCAUGUGGCCGGCAUGACUGCAUGGAGCGCCAUUACCUUCCCGCCAGAGCGGUACCUAUUGAUCUACUCACAUUUGCAUGUUUUCGAACUGCUAGGUUGGCAGGAGCUGGGGCUAACAGCGGGUGCUCAUUCCGCUCCCGGGAUUUAUUUAUUUAUAGUAUUUAUAUUCUGCCCUUCUCACCCCAAAGGGGACUCAGGCAGAUCACAGAACAUACAUAUGCAGCAAACAUUCAAUACCGUUUAUAUGCUGACAAGACAGACAAUUGUACAUAGAUAGAGGUAUAUAUAGGCUUUUCCCAUCUUCAGCAUCUUGGGGGCUUGUGCUCGGUUCCAGCUAUUGGCAGGUGGGGUGCUGUCGCUCCAUCUCCCUGCUAAAGAGCUUUGUUUGUAAACUUCUUCCUUGAUCAAAUUGCUGGCAUUUUAAUGAAUCAAGUACUAAAUUAGUAUUUUUAUUUAGUGGUUGUAUUUAAUAGAUUUGUAUUCUGCCAACACAAAAGAACAUUUAUCAAAAGUGUAAAGAGACAUAAAUCAAUCCAGAGUUGUACAUAUCAAAACAAGACCAAAAGCAAUGAAAAGACACCUACCAAGAAAACACGGGGAAAAUACAAUGGUGUUUUACAUGGUGCAUGAAGGCAAAAAAUAUAAGUACUAGGAGCACUUCAGUUCCAUAGUUAAGAAGUCACAGCUCGAAAAGCCCUAUUUUGCAUAAUUUCAAUAGGAGGACUACCUCAGUAAACUUUUAAGAGAGGUCAUCUUAUUUUUGUUUCUCAUUCCCUAAAUAUGUUCUAUCAUAAUAUCUGGCAUAUAAAGUUUCACCAAGCUUAUUAGGAGAGACAAAAAGUUGACUCGGAACAAUUUUGUAGGGAUGGGAGAGAAUUUUGUUUCAUUUGCAUUUUUAAGUGAACCCAACCUAGUUUGUAUCACCCAGAUGAAUAUACAGAUAAUAACAUAAUAUGCAAAGGGAUCAUGUAACAACUUCGAGACUAAGUCUGAGGCACUAGACUUUGUCUACGAAACCUUGUGCUACCACUUUUGGUCUCUCAUUCUAUAAGGUCCUACAAGAUCCCUUUGCAAACCUAUAUUCCAGACCAACACUGAUAUUCAAAGGCAGCAUAUCUUCUACAAACUGUGCAUUUCUCAAAAACUUGGGGUACAUUUUUGGCUCAAUUGUGGCAUGAAAGAUGCUUCAGUUAAGGAAAGUUUCAAAAAAUGCAUCUUAGGGAAAUUGUAUAUGAAAAUAAAGGCAAAUAUUUGUGUGUUAAAAUCACAGACUGGUGGAAAACUGGCAUGAAACAGACUUAUGAAUGAAUGAAUUUAUGCAGAACUGGCACAAAUGCCCCUAAUAUUUGUGAGAAAUUUAUUAACUCAUCUAUUGAUCAGUGCUUAUCCUUAUUGUGAGGGACUUGUACUGGCAUGCCAAAAAAUAUGGUAAUUGCUGUAUCUAUAAUCUAGAUUCUGGACUUCUAGAGUCUAGAAGUCCAGAGUCUCAUUUUUCUAUUUAACUUUCCUCUCACUUUAGUUUAUAGUCGGAAUUGUUUGAUGAGACAAUGGGUGGGUGUGUUGACUUAAGUUAGAUGCUGAAAUAAGUGGUCAGUUUUGACAUACUCUAUUUAUUCAGUGAGCAGUUUUUUCAGAUUCUUCAUCUUUAGGCAAAGGUCACUCACAUCGGUGAAAGCACUCCAAUGACAUGCCCUUGGAAAAUAAAUUUCAGGUUGGCAGAGGCUCCAUACAUAUUUUCCUUGAAAGGAUAUAUUCUGGCAUGAAGAAGGAGAAAAAAUGUCCAUGUAUACUAGUGUAUAGUACCAUAAAAAUAAUGUUUAGGUGUCUCCACUUUCUGUAUAUGUACUAACUGGGUACCCAGUGCAAAUGAAUGUACAGCUGCUGAAUGGAUAAAUCAACACAUGAGAACGCGUACAGUGUUUGUGUCACAUGUAUAGUCCCAAAGCUGUCCUGAGAAUGUUCUUAUUAGUCAACAAAGUAAACUAUAACAUUUUUAUGUUAUUGCUUUAUGACCUAGUACUUCUAUAAUUUCUGAUAGAAGUUGAUUGAUAUGCCAUACAUUAUCAUACAUUCUUUUAAUAGUGUCAGACAAGAAUAUGUAUAAAUGCAUUUAUGGAAUUCUCAGUGGCUGCUGCUUAGUGUAGGACCUCUGUUCCCUAAAGAUGCAUUUAACAUCUUCUAGAUUGGUUUGGAACAGCUUUUAGAAAUAAGAUGACAUUAGGGGAAAAGGACUUGGUAAACCUUUUUAAGUUGGGUAAAGGCCAUCUUAGAUGUUAUGCUUUCAUAAUUUUACAAGGAUUGUGCAAAAUAAUGGUCUUAUUUACAAAUAAAAAAACUAGAAGUGACUAGAAGUCACUUUUCAUUUUGGGGGAAAAAUAUCCCCUCCUGGUCCUGAAACCAUUAUAAGGCCAAAGAUACUGCAGAAUUGUCCUGUAGAGAGCAAGAAGGCAUUUUCUAGAAAGAAAAUUGGGGUGUCGGGUAGCACUAUACUUGGCCUACCCCUGUUCCAAAGUGUUACAUCUCUAAAAUAUAAUUCCAAAGAGGGAUUUCUUUGGAGUUAUAUUUUAAAUCUGUUCUUAAACUUUAAAAAUUUUGAAGCACUAGAGGAAGAUCCCAUUACUAUAUAUGGAGUUCAUGACUACCAUUAAAUAUUGUGCACAAACUUACCUUUUACUUCAAAGGGCAUCUAUGAUCAUAUCUCCUGGGAUUCUCUCAGGAUACCAAAAACAAUCAAACCUUAAAUAUUUUUGUUAUCUAGUUAGACUGAAAGCUUGAUUUUUUUUGUAAACCAGUUGAAGAGGUCAAAAAUCAGGGCAUAUCCACACAGUACCAAAAUCCACACCAAAGUGGGUUUAAAUGACCUGCUUUGGCAUGGAUUUCUGUCCCUACUCGCCCAAAAAAAAACUGGGCUUUCCGGGCGGGGAGGUGGCUACAUGCCAUCUCAAUUAAAAUCGGGAUAGCAUAAAACCACCCCGAAGGCCUGCAAUUUCCUCCUAAAAAUAACUUUAAAGGUACUUGGCUACCAUAACUUCCCUCCUGACAUCCUCCUGGCAUGAGGAAAUGACACCUGAGGAGAGAGAAGGGACAAGGAGGAAAAUCCCUCGCUCCUCCGUCUCCUCAUGUCAUUUCCUUGCACCAGGAGGACACGAGGAGGAAAGUUAUGGUGGCCAGGUACCUUUUAAGUUACUUUUAGAGGCUAAAUAGGGGCUUGGAGGGAGGUGUGUGUGCCAUCCCACACCUUUGGGCUUCAGGAGCCCAAAAGAUUCGGGGUGGUAAUGCAGACUCGCCCCGGGUAGUCCCAGGACGUGAGUCUCUGCAGACCCAAUACCCCAUUAGACCUCGACCUUUCAGCCAGGACCGGAUCUAAUGGGGUAUCAAAUUAAUUUGGAACAAACCAAGGUUCUGAAUUAAUGUGUUUUUACCGUAGUCAUAGUUUGGACACCUUUAGUAAAAACAGAGAUUGGUCCGGGUUUUGGGGCCUGUCUGGAUGGACCCUCAAUUUAAAAAACUAUGUAUUGAAGUAAAAUGAGCAAAAUCAAAUCUCUAUUGAUACAGUGAGACAAUCCAGCUAAGACAGUCGUCUCUUGCAUAAUGUAUAACAUUAAAUGUAAACUUUGGAUCUGCUUGUCCGCACUCAGAUCCUAGACAGGCAUCAAAGGUUACAAGUUUAUGAAUGUGUGGCCACAAAUCCAUCAAGUCUUGUAUUUUUCCUGCAAUUUAGUUGUAAGAGAAUAGAUUACAAGGGCAUCUACAGUUUUGAAAGUUUAGAUAUGACUGAAUUUAGUAAAUAUAAAGUUUAAUGUUCAGCAUCUACCGGUGCUAUAUGGAAGGAACUAGCAAUGCCACCUCUGAGUAUUCCUUGCCAAAGAAAACUCUGUGAAAUUAAUGGGGUACCAUAAGUCAACAAGCAACUUGAAGGCACACACACAUGCGCGUGCACGUCUACUAGAAUUACUUAGUAGAAAUUACUAGGACUAUGAAGAGUCUUUAUAAAGUCUUUGAAUCAGCUGUGGGUUGUAAAAUCAGCUCUGACGCAUUGUCAUCAGUGUGACAGACGAUGCUAUUGAAAUCUGUCUCAGUGCAGGUUAGGGUGACCUAGCUGAAAGUUACAUAUACAUAACACCUUACACCUUAAGCUUUCUAAUGUAAUCAGCGAAAUUGGAUGGAUCAAGAUUUUGACUGAUUUUUGUAGCUAAAAGCCAUUUUUGGAACAUCCAAAGAAGUACAAAACUAAAUGGAUAGUUAUGUUUCACUUCUCACAGGUCUGGAUCAGGUAUGCAUAUCUGAAUGCAUGAAGAUAGAAUUCCUUGACUUUUUUUACAUUCAACCUGGAUCCUGAAGAGAUGGCAAGAAUGAAGCUCUGUUCUCAUUUAGUGACAACGUAAUAUGGUUUCUAACUUUUGAUGGAGACCAAAAUGAAGCCAUUUAUCUGAAUAUCAAAUUGUGUUUCUAUAUUAGUAUUAGUAAGAAUUUGUUACAGAGAGAAGUAGCAGUGUGGAUGGAAGUCACAAAGGCACAGAUGUCUUCAAGAGAAUUCUCUGAUGCCACAGACUGGGAUAUAUACCCAAAAAGCACUACUCAAAAAGACUUUGCAGUUGUGAAUCAUCUAUGCUAAUCUAGAUAAUUUAUCCACUCUUACCUAUUCUUUUUUAUAUAGUUACUAGAUAACUACAACAGAUUUGUUCUUUUAAUGCUGUUUUUUACAUACAUUAAUGGUAAUACAAACAUAGGGCCACUAUAUCUCCAUGAUCACCUAUGGAACAACUGGCCUUUUUGGAUCAUGAAAAGCGUUGUAUAACAAUCAUCAGAUAAGCUUUUCAAUGCUAAUUUAAGUGAUUAACUACACAUUCACACUGACCUCUCUCACCCUAGACUUUCCACAGAUAUAUAUUAACCUCUUUGCUUAGUUUUCUCCAUACCUCACAACCUCUGAGGAUGCCUGCCAUAGAUGUGGGCGAAACGUCAGGAGAGAAUGCUUCUGGAACAUGGCCACACAGCCCGAAAGACAUACAACAACCCUGUGAUCCCGGCCAUGAAAGCCUUCGACAACACAAUCAUCUAAUUCCUUAUUUCACAAAACCAUGUUGUACCAUGGUUAAAGUGUACCUUCCUUUUGUUAAAUUUCUUCUUCAUCUUGACCUUUAAAAUGUUUUUAAAACAUGUUAGUAAUAAGCUCAUUAUAAGAAUGUUACCAGUUUAUAAAUUUUUUAUUACUGACCUUGAGCAUUUGGGAUAAGGUGAAUGCAAAAUAUAAACGAAUAGCCAAGAAGGGCGACACAUUUUUUAAAAAAAUUAAGUCAUUGUGGGGAAGUUGGAUGUGCUGAUAAUGACUGAUAAGAUGCCACAGAGGCCAAGGUUCGUACUUCAUUAAAAUGCAGGUUAAAUUCUUUAAAGAUUCCCAUUCAGGUAUCUUGUGUAAUCUUCUAUCAGGAUUGUAUCUCCAUUUCAGUUUGUAAGGCUCUACCUGUUUGGAAUAGGAAAAAGACCCAUUGUUACUCUGAGUCCUGUUUCGAACUAAAUAUUCCUUUCGUCCUUUGUGGCUGCCAUUUUUAUCAGGCAUUCAGAGCAGCUUUCCUUUGCUGAUCUGCCAUUUUUGAACAUAUCACUGUUUCACUUGUAUGAUUUCUGGUGAGACAAGCUCAGACCUGGCUGCUUUUCUCUCAGUAACAGAGAAAAGAAAUGUCUCUGGUGCCUACUCUGUAGAGAAAGUUCAUUCAUGUGUAAAUUAUCAGUUGGCCUUUAUUUGCUUGGCCUGUGGAGAGUACACAUGCAGAUAAAAGGCUCGGUGGGUCAGGGUUUAGUACAUGCGGGUUUCUCCAGUGGCCACAAUGAUACUGUUAGAAUUGUUGUCAAAGAUUAUCAGACAGGCCGGGAUGUCUUGUCAUUAUUUACUUGCAGUUUGCAGAGUUAAAAUAUGUUUUAGCAAGUAGGGUGUUCGGCAAGUAAGAACAAAUUCUGCAUUGUGGCUGUUUUUGCUAUCAAUAAUGCUCAUUAUGAGAAAUAGUAAAAACUCAUAGAGAUCAGUUUGAUUAUAGUAUCUACUCCGUGUUAAAAUACCAUUUUCAUUCAUGAGCUAAGCCAUCAAAUAACUAGUUACAACCUCUAGCGAGGAAUAGACCUUUUAGCUUACAUCAAAAUAUUUCAAGUUUUGUUUAGUUGUCAGUGUGAGCUUUAAAUUAGGCAGAGCUGUUUUCAAUAUGCCAGAAUUGUGUUUUAUCAAUUAAGAUAUUUAUUUUACGAUUGUCUAUUCUGCAGUUAUGUUUGCACUGGCAUAAGAAGUAGGCAGCAGCUGCAAUCUAUGCAGAAGCAGCAGAAAAAAAGUUGUUUGAUCUACAAGAUCAGUAGUCUGUUACUCAGUUGCCUUUCAUUGAAACAUAAUCAAGAAUCAUUAAGGCCUAUUAGCAGCUGUGUUGUUAAGUACAUUUUAUAAUGCAAUUUUCAGAGCCCCAGUUAUCCUCACUAAAGUAAAGUUGUUAAGCUACAACUGUCUCUUAGUUACACAAGGUUGAUCAUAAAUGAGAUAGGAUACUAAGCUUGUGAAAUGGAAAUUCAAGGCCCACAGGAUUUGAUUCAUCAGGUCAGCCACAAUGUAGACAUUGGAGACCACCCUGCCAUUGAAUGCUGAUACCCAAGGUCAUAGCGAGAAAGAGUAUUAUUAACAUAUCUGCAUAGAUUUGUAACAACACCAUGAAAACCCUUGCUUUAUUAUUAUUAUUUUUCCCAAAUGUACGCUGUUUGACAUUGGCUUUACAUUGUUCCUUCAUAAUAUUUUUCUUGACCUUUUGUUAGUAAUAUUUGAUAUUUCAUAUAUCAUUGGCAUUUACAUUCUUAACAUACUUCACUUUUCUCUUUAAAAACCAAAAUUGCAUUAGCGUGAUAGUGUGAUUUUGUUUUCCUUCACUUGAUACUUUGCUCUUUGAGCAUUUUAAAUAUCUACUAACACCACAUCAGACUAUGUGGGGCUGAAACCUUAUCUCUUGGACAUUUCUGUUUGGCAGAAUCAAAAAGGUAGAUUGAAAGUUCACUGAAAAGAGAAACUGUUCGUUCUACAUAACAGGCCCAACCAAGACAUUUGGCACAGGAAAAAAGGCGCUUUUCUUAGAAAUGACACUAAUUUCCUGUAGUUUUGUAUGAUGUACCUGCAUUCAGAAUUCUUAUUACUUGUAUGUGAUGUAGUGCAAAAUACUGAUAAUUGAAUGUGUUAAAAUAAAUUAUUUAAGACCAAAGUGAGUACGAUGAGGUCCUGUAGUCACAUAUGAACCCACAUACAUUUUUGUAUUACAGUGGAACCUCUACUUAAGAGCAUCCCAACUUAAGAGCAUUUUGAGUUAAGAGCUGAUGUUGAGCCUGGGGUUUGCUUUGACACAAGAGCAGUAUUUUGAUUGAAGAGCUGGCACUAGUGAGAGAAGGUACACUAGCACAAGAGUACAGGGCUUUAGGGCUUCAAGGAAACCAUCUCCGUGUCUCAUGCUCUUGUCCACUUUGGGAGAUUACUGCCCCCUUUGCUUUUGUCCACUUUGAGGAACUUUGGGUUAGUUGAUUUUGUGUGGUUUUUAUUCCUGGUAUGCUUGGCUUCAUGAAGAUAUGGAGGGGGAGAGAGCAAGAGAGGUAGGGAGGCUGGAAUGAAUACAGUAUGAAGAAAAUGAUGCUUCUGCCUCUUCACUUUGUGCUUCCUUGUCGCAACUUUGUGCUUCUACCAUUACGCCACAACUUUGUGCUUCUGACAUUUUAAAGUUGAUCUUUCUUUUUUAUUGUUACAUAUGAAUGUGCAUUUAUACAUUAAUUGUUAUUUAUAAAGUACAUUUUCUUAUUUUUAAAAAAGUAACAAAAAUGAGGUGAGGGAUUAACAGUAUUUCAAUGCAUUUCAGUAAGUAAAUUUGCUUUGAGAUAAGAUUGUUUUGAAUUAAGAGCUCAGUCACAGAACAAAUUAAACUCUUAUGUGCAAUGAUUCUUGGAACAGCCCCGUAUUAUUAUUAUGUAUGGUGUAAUUUUAACAGUGAUCAUAAUGUUUAUAUGUUUUAAUGUGGAUUUUAAUUCUGAUUUUUAAAUUUUAACUUAAAUUUAUUUAACUGUCUGUUGUCUAAAGGCAUCAAAUAGUUGCCUAUGUGCAAAGCUGUCUUUAGUCCCCUUCAGGGUAGAGAAAGGAGGGAUAUAAAUAGAUUAAAUAAAUAAAUAAAUAAAUAAAUAAGGGUAUCUCUGUAUGUAUGUAUUUAGAGCAUUUAUACCCUAUCUGUCAGCUAAAAGGAUUCCCAGAGUGACUUACAAAUUGCGUUGUUGUAUGUUUUCGGGGCUGUAUGGCCAUGUUCCAGAAGUAUUCUCUCCUGACGUUUCGCCCACAUCUAUGGCAGGCAUCCUCAGAGGUUGUGAGGUAUGGAGAAACUAAACAAGGAAGGUUUAUAUAUCUGUGGAAAGUCCAGGGUGAGAGAAGAACUCUUGUCAGUUGGAGGCCAGUGUGAAUGUUGUAGUUAAUCACCCUAAUUAGCAUCGAAUAACUUCAUCUCCUGGCUUCUUCCUGCCUGGGGGCAUCCUUUGUUCAGAGUCGUUAGCUGCCCCUGAUUCAUUCAUGUCUGGAACUCCUCUGUUUUCAGAGUGUUGCUUCUUAUUUACUGUUCUGAUUUUUGAGUUUUUUAAUACUGGUAGCCAGUUUUUGUUCAUUUUCAUGGUUUCCUCCUUUCUGUUGAAGUUGUCCACAUGCUUGUGGAUUUCAAUGGCUUCUCUGUGUAGUCUGACAUGAUAUCUGUUGGAGUGGUUGAGCAUUUCUGUGUUCUCAAAUAAUAUACUGUGUCCAGGUUGGUUCAUCAAGUGCUCUGCUAUGGCUGAUUUCUCUGGUUGAGUUAGUCUGCAGUGCUUUUCAUGUUCUUUGACUCGUGUUUGGGCGCUGCGUUUGGUGGUUCCUAUGUAGACUUGUCCACAGCUGCAUGGUAUACGGUAGACUCCUGCAGAGGUGAGAGGAUCCCUCUUGUCUUUCGCUGACCGUAGCAUUUGUUGGAUUCUCUUUGUGGGUUUGUAGAUAGUUUGUAGGUUGUGUUUCUUCAUCAGUUUGCCUAUGCGGUCAGUGGUUCCCUUGAUGUAUGGUAAGAACACCUUUCCUCUGGCUGUAAAGACAUUUUACUCUCAUGGUUUGUUUUUGGCCUCACAGCUCUUCUAAUGUCCAUGGUGGAGUAUCCAUUGUCCUGUAGAGCCCAGUUUAGAUGGUUUAGUUCACCUUGGAGGAGAUGAGGUUUGCAGAUACUUUGUGCACGGUCUGUCAGGGCUUUGAUUGUGCUUCUUUUUUAACUUGGGUGAUGGUUUGAGUUAUAUGAAGGUAUCUAUCUGUGUUUGUAGGUUUUCUGUAAACUGUGUGGCCCAAUUGUUGAUUGGGUUUGCAGAUGACCAGAACAUCUAGAAAUAGCAGUUUUCCUUCCUUUUCUUUUUCCAUGGUGAAUUGGAUGUUCGGAUGGAUGCUGUUGAGGUGGUCCAGGAACUGGUGGUCUUCUUCCCCAUGGCUCCAAAUGGUGAAGGUGUCAUCAACAUAUCUGAACCAUACAGUCGGCUUUUUUGGUGCUGUUUCUAGGGCUUGUUUCUCAAAGUGUUCCAUAUAAAAAUUUGCUACUACUGGGCUGAGAGGGCUCCCCAUGGCCACUCCAUCUUUCUGUUCAUAGAAACUCAAAAAUCAGAACAGUAAAUAAGAAGCAACACUCUGAAAACAGAGGAGUUCCAGACAUGAAUGAAUCAGGGGCAGCUAACAACUCUGAACAAAGGAUGCCCCCAGGCAGGAAGAAGCCAGGAGAUGAAGCUGUUCAAUGCUAAUUAAGGUGAUUAACUACAACAUUCACACUGGCCUCCAACUGACAAGAGUUCUCUCACCCUGGACUUUCCACAGAUAUAUAAACCUUCCUUGCUUAGUUUCUCCAUACCUCACAACCUCUGAGGAUGCCUGUCAUAGAUGUGGGCGAAACAUCAGGAGAGAAUACUUCUGGAACAUGAUCAUACAGCCCGGAAAACAUACAACAACCCUGUCAUCCCGGCCAUGAAAGCCUUCGACAACACGACUUUCAAAUUGUUGAUUUGACCAUUCCCUGUCCUUACACAUACACAUAUGCACAUCCUUUGAUAUGGCUGGAAAGGAUGAAUUAGCCUCUUCUGGAAGCCUUCAAGAACAGCAGUAUAUUUGUUUAAGUUCUAUGCCCCCAUUUAAAUAUGAAAAAAUAUGAUUCCCCCCCCCCAACCAGAAGCAGACUUCUGCAUAUUUCUGGGACAGGUGUUGACUUUCAAUUUUUAAUAUGUCGAAGUAUGUUGAGGCCACCAUGAAACUCCCAUAAAUUCUUACUAGGGGCACAAAAUUAGUUCCUCUACCCAUCAAAGUUAUCUAUCCAUCACAGUACUGCUGUGAUGAAUGUUACAGUUGCUGAUUUAGAUUAUCAACAUACAUUGAUCAAAUUACCUGAACCUGAGUGACUGAUUUCUUGUUUUCUGUAGAACGUUGUACAACCUGCCAUAAUUAUAUCAACAUCUCUGCAUGUUAACAAAGCAGAAAUCAGCUUCAAGAGUGUAAUGAGCACUGUGUACUUUGUACAAAUUAUAACUAAAGUAUAUUACAGGAGGUCUAGUAAGUUUAUGUAUUAUGGAAACAUAGAUUUGGUCGCUGCUGCUGUGUGAUCACUUUCUAUGUCCUCACGGUAACACUUAGUUUAGCUCAUUAAGUAAAUCCUUGGGAUGUAGGAUUUACCACAAGUAGAAAGAUGUCAUGUGAUUUAAAUAUUAAGAGAAAUCAUAUGUCACCUGAUAGUAUGCAACUUUAUCAUGGCAGGAAAAGAGAGGGAUCUCAUUAUAAUAUAAUUCUUGCAUCAGAAAUGUCUAACCUCUGGAAGGCUAAAACAUCAAAGUUUUGUAUCAGGAAAGAAACCUUUGGACCUUCAUAUGUUUUAGACUUCAGUUCCAAUAAUCAUUAAUCAUUAAACAUGCUGGGUGGAGCUGAUGGAAGCUGAAAUUUACAACAUCUGGAAGACCAGUGUUUCCCCAAAUCUUAUUAUAUCUAUAGCAUUCAGAUGCACUACUAUUGAACUUGUAUUCUAAUGUGCUACAGCUAUAAAAGAGUCAUUCAUCUUUCAGUCCAAAGAGCAAAUUUGGUUUCAUAGAAGUUUGAGGGUGCACAAUCCAAUGAUGGGGGCGACCCAAAACCAAAGAUGGACCAAAAAUGGCAGGAUGUUUUAGUUCAAAAUCGUUAUUCCCAAUAAUGCAUGGACUAUAUUGAUUCCAAUGAGUAGAUAAAUCUUGAGACUCAGGACCGCCACUCUGUCACUCUCACCUCUACUUACUUUUGAGAUAGUAAUGAUGGAACAUAAGCUCAGCAUGAGAUAGCAUACUCUUCUUGCCAAAAUCAGGACUGGGCAACUUUGGGAAAUCUGGAGGCCAAUUUUAUUCUAUAGCACUGUAGAAACCAUGAAACAUACAGGUGGAAAUGAGAUGGGGCAUAAGUGACCAGAAAUCGACUUCUGUUUUUGAAAACCUGAUUUUUUCAGUGUUAAAUAUUGCUGAAGCCCCCAGCAGCUGGGUUAAAUUAAUUGCUGCUGGAAUUUUCCACAAGUGUGAAUUCACAUUAAUUUGCUUGUGCUAGGAAAGAGCAGUUUUGAAGGGGAGCAAAACCUCCAUAUGACCUCAUGGUUAUUCUUUGUUCACCCAUAGUCUAAAUAAUAACUCAUUUUAAGAGUGUGGGUUUUACUGGCCUUUCUGGACAUUUUAGAUCAAGGAUGGGAAUUAUCUAACCCUCCAGAUGUUGAAUGGUAACUUCCAUUAGCUAUGCUGGUUGGAACCUCUGAGAAAUGCCAUCCAAAACAUCUGAAGUACUGCAUCAUUUUCACUCCCCAUUUUAGCUUUAUUCUACAUUACGUGGAUGUCAAUUUCCAAUAUCAGAUGGAUGAUGGGCAUUGUGAAAACCAGAAACAGUGCAAAUUAUAUAUUAGAUAUAAAUACAGCUUGAGUGCAUGGAACACUACUGAGGUCCAUACAAAUGUAUGAACAUUUAUAUGAAGUACUGGUUAGAUAUUAUCCUUCUUGAACCAUUAUCAGGAUCCAGAGAGCCAUGAAACUGCCUUUCCAAGUCCAUGGAGUUUUAAGACUUGUGUUUCUCAGACGGCAUUGUCCCAUUUUUCUUGGCAAAGCAUUUUCAAAAAUAAAUGAAAAAUCAAAGCCUGUUAAGAUAAUUGGGAGGAUUGGGUAGGGGGAGGUCAGCAUUUAAAAGAAGAGACUUAAACAUUUCACAGGGCCACACAAAAUCCCAUAUAUAGACCUUUGAAUACUGACUCUGGAUUUGGAAAAACACUGACAUAAGUUAAGAGAUGUUUCACUUGGAUAAUAUUACCGGUUUGUAUAGUAACAACAAUGAUAAUUUGGAAGCUAGGUAUGAAUACAAAUAUGUUCCAUAUCUAUGAAUAGAGUACUAUGCACACAUUUUCAGUAUAUUAAUAAUACUCUAUGGCAAUUUUCCUGAACAUAUAUUUUAUACAUCUGUGAAAAUAUACACAUUAAAUAAUUUUACAACAAAAUAAAACACCAUAGGUAACAAGCAGAUUUGUUUAUGUAGACAGUAAUCUUAUUCAUCAUGACAACAGAGCCGAAAAAUCAGUGAUUAUAUUUAUAGGUCAUGGGUUUCUGUCGUCCUGCUCUAAAAGAAUCUCCAUACCAAUAGCAUGAAAAGACAGUCCUGCUUUAGUCGUGAAUGUGGAAUAAUACGGGACAAAAUGUUAAGAGGGAAAAAUCUAUUCAAACCAGAAUGGAUCCAGAUCUAGCUAUAUACAUUGAACUAGAUUGGCAGAGGCGGAGUUCCUUGCAUUUCUGGCACAGGAAAGUAGUAGUAGUAUAUUUAUUUAUAUUGCACCUUUUUCCUAGUAUGUGUUGCACCCCUAGGCUGCGUAGGUACCUUAAAACCACACUGAAGCCUCAGAAUAUAGCAAGCAAACUGUUUAUUGAAGAUUAUAUGUAAGCAAUAGCAAAAUCAAAGUUCAAAGUCAAUAAAAUGGGUUUGAGUCCACAAGAACAAAGUACUUGAAAAUCUUGAAGCAAGAGUCUAUAAAAGUCACUCAAAGAACAUAGUCCAAACCGGAUAGCAAAGUAAGUUCCAAAAAAGGUAUCAAAAAUAAUCCAAACCAGAUAUCAAGGAUUAAUUCCAAGGCAUGAGACAAACUGGAAACAAGGCUAAAAUGCAGGAUCAAACCCCAAGGUAGUCCAAGGUACAAAGUCAAUGCUAGAACACAAGGCUACAUUCUUGGCUAGAAUAGAGAUCCAAACGGCAAAGUCACUGGAACAUUCAACUGGAUUCACAGGCAGAAGCGAGGCUGGAACUUGAAACAAGAUACAAGGCUGCACAGGAACGCGGAGCAAAGAUCUUUCUCUCUUGGAUUAGCAAUGUUACCACCUCUGGCUUUGUCAGAGAAAGCAAACCUUUUUAAGGUAAAUUCAAGGUCUUUUUUCUGUGAGAAGAUUGCUCAUUAUUUUGCUUCAAAAGCAACCGACUACUUCUUCUCACAAACUCCUGUUCCCUCCUCUAGUGAGUUAUCGCUUUCUUCCUGUCAAACCCAUUAUCCCUCUCCACUUUAUCAACUAAGUCCAUCUAGCACCUGGAGAUCCGACCUUGACUGCUGUGAGGAAUGUGAUUCAAACUGACUGCUUGGAACCACUCUGUCUCUGGUCCCAGAAUCCACUGUGGUCCCAGAAUCCACUGGGACCAACUGUGGCUGUAUCUCAGGCCCAAAACCAGAGUCCUCUGGCAAAGCAGGUGCAGGGACAAUCACAGGCUGAAUGGGGCCAAUCUCUGGCUCACCUGACAGCUCAGAUGGAGGCUGGGCUACAACAGUAUGGAACUCAAGACAAUAACAAAAAAAAAAGUCCAGAACACUAUAAAAAGUUUAUUUCUUCUUUUUAAAAAAAUCGGUUGUCAAGAACCUAGCAGAAUAAAAAAGGGCUUUACCCCCUUGAAGAAAAAUAGUAUGGCGAAUACUAGUCUAGCACCUCUGCUAAAGGAGAUCCAGAGCCUGGGAGCAGCCACUGAAAAGCCCCUCUCCCAUUUUCCCAUCCUAUAUACCCUGUCCAUAACCUAGACCUGAGAUGUAUGUGUGAAGAAAGCUUAUUCUGCAGGAAAAAAUGUGGGUUUUUUCUCUCUCCUGCAGAAUAAGUCCUGAAUUGGAAAACUGCACAGUAUUCUUGCCCAUGAGAAUUAAAUUUACUGUACAAAUAUUUACAUUCUUCGGCAUUACUAUUACUAGCCAUGAAGAAAAUGUGUAAUUUGGGAAUCGGCCUUGGCGAAGCAUUUACAUCACCAUUCUGAACCCAGAAGGAGUGGGUAUUAUGCCAGAUUCCAGGCAUAAUCAUUGCAAAGUUCAAUCAUUGCAAGAGCCCCAAUUUUGCUAAACUUCUAGUACUUCUGAAAAACAGAAAUAUUUAUAUUUAUUUCACUCUGAUGGUCUGAACUAUUUUAAAGCAUAUAAAACAAGCUGAAUCACAUAUUACAAGAAUGGCGCAAACAUAGAUUUUCAGAAAUAAAUUAUUCUUACUUUAGCAAGGGAAAAGAGCAUGUUCAUAUGUGGCACAUAUAUUACUUCUAGUACCAAUGAUCCUUUUUUAUUUUAAUGAAGAAUAAGUCCAAUUUUCAGAGGAUUUCCAUGAGAUCUACACUGAGUUAAAAGUAAAACACAAUAUAUGAUAUAUAUUUAAUGUUCUGUUAGCAAAGUGGGAUUCCAAAAAUACUGAGUGGGAUUCCGAAAAUAGUAACGCUGAUGUCACUAAGAUCUAUCAAUGUAAAGCGGCUUAGUCAUUUGGCAAAAACUAAGAUGCAGAAAACUUUCCAGAGUAGACAAAUAAAGGAGGAUUCUUUGAUCUUGUUAUUAGUCAUAGGUUUCGCCUCCCAGACAUUUGGAAAUGUUAAUUGGAAAACCAAAUCCUCCCAAUAAACAUUAUGAUUAUAGCAUUAGAAUUAUUUUUAAACUGAGGUGUAAAGCUUAUUUGCAUUGUAAACCUGUCUUUAUUGGUUUUGUAUUGUGCAUCUUUCUCUAGCCCUUAUAGGAACAUCUGUUUUUAUGUUAAUUCACGACGCAGUCCCUCACAGACACAAGACAUCAAAUUCUGCUAAAUGUCUGUCCAAUCUGUCACUUUUUGCUUCUGUUGCAUAACUCUGCUUUAAAAGUACUUUUGAGCUUUUCACUGAAACUAGAUAAUUUCCUGGCUCCCCAUGCACACCCAUUCAAAAAAAAAAAAGAAAAGCAUGACAUACAUUGUCUUGCAGUUCAGUAUGUAGGGUUGAUCUGAUCUAUCUCAUAUGCUUAGAAUCUUUUCACAAAGUGCCUCAUAUGGACCUACUAAGGAAAAAGAUUAAUCAGAGAAGAAUAAUUAAUAAAAUAUAUGCAGUUGGAUUUAAGAACUAGAAGCAGAGCAAAUUGACAGUUUCCACAGUGAGGUAAAAAUAGACAGUGGAGUCCAUCAAGAGUCCUUGUUGAAAACAAUCCUUCUGAGCUUUGGGGGAAAAACACUGAUUUAACCUAUGAACUGAAAUCCCAAACAGAUUGAGAAACAUUCCAAAGGUCUCUUUCCAAAAGUGAUGGGUGGAAACCAGAAUUAGAAAUGGGAUUUGGUGUGUGUAAAUUGAAAAUAAGGCUCCUUAGAUUAAAAUAAUAAUCCAAAUGUCCACUGAGGCAUUCUGAAUUGUCUGUGAUUGCUAAGAGGAAAAAUCUUGAAGUGUAACAAAAAACUAACUUAUAAAUAUCAUGUACAAUGUGUUGUAUCUAUUUUUUAAAAUGUAAAUUUAAUUAAAUUAUAGGAAUUAUGAAAAAAGGAAACAAAAUAAAUGGGUCUUCAUUUUAAUAAACAACUUUUUGACCACUAGCUUCCUGUUAACAAAUACAUGUAAUUUAAGGGGAGUUUGGCCAUUUCUUUCCGAAACAAUAUGGAGGUAAGUCAGUAGAGCCUCCAUGUUUGGCAGUAAUGUGUCUAUUGACUAUUACAGGCUUGGCUCAAAUGGCAGGGGAAGACAAUCACAUUGAUUUCAAGUUUAUGAACCUCCCAAGAUUAUCUGCUUUUGUAGUGAUCUAGCGAAGCAAUUCUUACAUUCUUAAUUGAAUACACAUGCCUAUAUUUAGCCAAUAAGCUUGAUAUGCAGUGCUGAAACCAAUUGCAUGCAUGUGAUACAUUUGUAAAGUUAAUGGAAUUCUAAAAUGGCUUCAAUAUUAUGAUCUUCACAAAUGAAAUGUUACUGAUUGUCUUCUAUAAUGACAGAAGAUUCCACGUCAUAACUUCUUCUGGAUUAUUCGUCUUUGCAGUAUGUGACUUGCACAUACAGGUUGUCUGUCUUGCAACUGUGUAGAGCCCAGUCAGAACUCCCACAGUUGAGCAAAGCAUUUUUAGGUAUGAAUUAUAGCAAUGAGGGUAGUGCUUCCUUAAAAAAUAAUUCUGCCUCCUAAUGAAAUAUUUCUUCUGUUCCCAAAUUUCUAACAUUGCAGGGAGUAAGAUACUGAAAGUAGGACUCUCAUAUUUUCUGUUUUCAAAUUGCCAUUUUAGCAUUUCUUUACUUGUUUCUAAAUGAUUGACUGAAACUGUAAUGCAUGAUUAGAAAUGGGAUUUGGUGUAGCAAGGAGAUUUUAUUUGGGAAGGAUGAAUUCUUAUUGGGGCAGUGCCCUUAUUCCACGCUGUGCUCUCACAAUGUUGUUAUCUGCAUUCAAAUCAUUUCUGACGUAUGGUGACCCUAAGGCAACCUUAUCUUGGGGUUUUCUGGAGCUGAGAGUGUGUGGUUCACUCAAGGUCACCCAGUGGGUUUCCAUGACCAAGAGAGGAAUCAAGCCUUGGUCUCUAGAGUCACAGUCCAACCCUCAAACCACUGCACCAUGCUGGCUGGCUCUCUAUAUAUACAAUGUAAUGGAAAUGUUAAAUGAAUUUUCAAUAGCUUGGGUUUGUUUAAUAAUUCAGUACAGGAUAUUUAAAAAGAUAGAAUACAAGCAACUGUUAUCUUGACCAUGAACCUCAUAUCAAUAUUGUAGCUUCACCUUUGCCUGUUCUAGAAAAAGUAUAGAUGUUCUCAGGCAGCAGUUAAUUCUUUACUGCAUUGUCUGCUGGUCCUCAACACCUCCCAGAAGAAAGAGUGAAGCUCAGAAAGCUGCCUUAUUCCAUUUCUGAGUGAUUAAAACUCAGAAAGUGCUUCACAUUUGGUCCCUUUGGACAUGUGUCUGUUUCCAUAGCAGCAUAUUCCUCAGUCUAUGCGUAAAAUAUAACAUGAAAAUUUGUUUAUAGUAAAUGCCUUGGACGUGUUAAACACGGUUAAAGAAACCCUCUUAAAACCAAAAGCAUUAUACGAAUAGGUACUAAAUAUAAAGGAGUAUACCAUUGUUAAAUGAACAUUUGAUUUCUGUUCAGAAAAUCUUAGCAACUGAAUAUCACAUUGCUUUGAACUUUAUUGUAAUGAAAUCUCGCAAUUCGCAAAUAGGUGUAAUUUUGAUGUGUUAAUAAGUUUAUCAUUUUAAGAAAGAUUUCACUUGUCUUUAUUCUAGGGCUUGGUAGAAUAACCUUUGGCUUUCCAUAUGUUUUGAACUAGAACUACCUUUUGGCCAUGCUGGAUGGUGGUGAUAAGAACUGGAGUUCAAAGCAUGUCUAGAGCAGAGCUUUCCAAACUCUGUGUUGCAGAAAUAAACAAUCAUAUUUUUUUUAAAAUAUAAACAAAAGUUUUCAUGAGAUAUGUUGUGUCAACAAUUUAUGUAUGUGUUCGUAUCUCUGUGUCAUGAAAUGAUAUAUAUCUUCUAAAAUGUGUAUCAUCAAUAUGCAAUGUUUAUAAAGCUCUGAUCUAGAGCGUCAAGGUUUCUCCACCUUGGAGACUUACUUGAAAAGAAUGUGUGUGUUUUAUAUGUUUGUUCCUUUGUUUCAGAUGAAAAAAUACAUUUAGCCCACCUUUAGAUGCUAAUUAUAACAGUCAUAGGUGGGUGACUUAAAAAAGAAAAAUAUUUUUCAUUUCACUUAGAUUGUUAUAUUUUUAUUUGACGAGUUCUGGAGCUUGUCAAGUAACAGAGGUAUUGCCAAGUAAUCUAUUCUAAAAUCUGAUUAAUAGAUUUUAAGAUUUUUAUUGGAUUCAGACAACAGCCAAAGAUACAGAAACCUAAUCACUUCCCCAUUUUAUGCAGAUACAUUACUUGAUGUUGUUGUUGCUCUUAUGUCUCCAGUAUAUAAUGUAAUAUCUCUUCUGUCCUUUACGCCAAGUCUCAUGAGAGGCAUGCUUAGUUCCACUGGAAUAAGAAAACACAAAAUGAAAGAAUAAUUUUGUUGUGUAUGUGUGUGUGUGAUCUUAGACUCUUAAUCAACUUCACAUUUCAAAAAAACACCUGCUAGUAUGCUGUUAAAAUAUCCAAAUGAUGAAGAAUUUAUCAUUUGAAAAAUCAUAUUAGAUACAUUGUUUGACUGAAAAAAUGUGAAUUGAUUGUGUACAACAAUGCCAUGAAAUAAAAUAUUUUUCACACUUUCAGUUAAACAAAUUUCCUUUUAAAAAUGUGAUUAAUUAAUUGAUUGAUUACAGUUAUUACAAUAAAUGCUUUUAGAAAUAUGUGUUAAUUUCCAUGAUAGUAUUACUUGAAGUAUCUGAAAUAUGUUUACCAUAAAUUUCACACUUUAAACAAAUAUUAGAAUAUUAUUUAAUAUGUGUGUGUUGAAUCAAGAGAGAUUAGGGGAAAUAGCACUGUCAUAAGUUAAAUAUAUAGCUGCUAAAACUGCAGCUAUGUCAAUGUUGGGAAACGACAUGUUUCUAUGCUACAAUCAGAGCUGGCCCUAGGUAUUUUUCAAGUGUAGGUGAACAGAAUUUUGCCGCCCCCCCCCCCCCAAACCAAUCACUGAAAAAUAAAAGUGUUGGAUAAGUGAAAAUGUUUGAUAAUAAGGAGGGAUUAAGGAAAAGCCUAUUAAACAUCAAAUUACAUUAAGAUUUUACAAAUUAAGCACCAAAACAUCAUGUUUUACAACAAAUCAACAGAAAAAGCAGUUCAAUACCUUGCAGAGGCAGGCCGCAGGAGACAGGAGUUGCCUCGAUGGCGCCCCCAACAAGAUGGCACCACAGGCAACUGCCUAGUUGGCCUGGUGGUUGAACCGCCUCUGGCUACAAUUAUUGCAUAUAAUUCAAACCUAUUGAUUAACUUGUGGAAUUGGAAUUUUUACCAAGGAUUCAUUCUUUUUUUGUUACUCACUGAAUUAUAAUAGAUACGGAGUUGUAUUGAUGAUUACUAUAAGUUACAGGGAUUAAAUACUUCUGCUUCAGAUUUACUAUAUAAGAUAAAACCUGUAUCUCAAAUAGCUGUUUAUUAAGACAAGCAGUGUUCUCCUAGGGCACUCUCAUGUAAAGCUCUUAAAGGAGACUACCAAGUUUAUGAUUACAAUAUUGGUGUACUUGGUCCAAAGUAGUGACCAUUGUCUACAAAACCAUAGGCUGGAUAACUGUUGACUGCAGUUCUGUUAAUGUUUACUAACCAAUACUUUGAAUGUGUGGGUCCUGGUAUAUUUGUUAGUGUUGUGUGCCUUUAAGUCAUUUCCAACUUAUAGUGACUCUAAUGCAAACGUAUAACAAGCAAGUUUUGUUCAGAGCAGCUUUGCCUUUGCCUUCCUUUGAGACUGAGGGAGCGUAACUUACCCAAGGUCACUCAGUGGAUUUCCGUGGGUGAGCUGGGAUUCAAACCCUAUUUUCCAGAAUCCCUGUCCAUUGCUGAAACCAGUACACCAUGCUGGCUCUCACUGGAAUAUUUAUUUACCUUUUUAUAAUUUCUACUGUCUGUCAAUCAUACAUUGAAGAAUAUAUUGUUUUUCUUAUCCCACCUAGUGCCACCAAAAGAUCACUAUAUAAAUGUCAUUACCCUCUUAACACAUACUGACAUUCUAGAGAGGAGCAGAUGAGCAAGGAGAUUUUAAACAUUAAAACAAACUUGUUACUCUUUAUUUAAAACCACUUUAUGUCAUGGAAUGUUGAAUUACAUAGAAUGAAUGAAAGCUUCUGGUCUGAGAUUUUAUGACAGGGGCAGAGCAAAACCAUUAUUACACAGCUGCCUCCAUCUCAAAUCUCACUGCUUGUUUCUAAUUGCUUUGUCCUAAGAAGUUUCUCUUCCAACCUGCAUCUAGGAUCUUCCUUCCUCAGGAAUUCAUAGUUAAUGCCUUCUGAGAUUCUGAGCUUGUUUCUUAGCCUCUUGCUUUAAGCCGUAUAAGUGUUCCUUCCUCGAGUUCUUUACUGCAUGAAGUGACUGGCCUUCUCCUUCUGACUCCAGACAGUGUUGGGACAUUGCUUGUGUGAAGUCUAGCCAGGUCCUUUGACCAAGAAAUAUGGUAUCAAUCCACACAUUUUAGAACUUUUGAUCAAAUCUGAUAGCAUACAAAAGAAAAGAAAUAUGAACAUGGUGAUACAUGGUUGAUACCGAAAUUAUGAAUUUAAUAGUAUUUGGAACUUAGAAACUAAAUAUUGACCUAACCAAGAGACAGAAUUGGAAUUGGCUCCUACAAUUGGUACGUGAAUGUGGCCUUGCUUUCUCAGCACUCAUAAAAUCCACAGACUUUUCCCUUUUAACUCCGGAGAAAGCACUAUUCCCUGCAUACCCUUGCAGCAAUUGUUAUUUUAAGGAAAAUUCAAGUACUGGCAUGGAAGGAAGAGAGGGGUUUGUUUUCAAAUGUAUGUGUUUUUAUUGUUUUUCUAGUCUGUCCUUGAUCUGUCAAUUACUUAUGACCUUAGUGUUUGUCAUUGCAUUUAUCUUUAAAAUGAAUUCCCCUUUGACACAGCAAUGUAUGAUUUCAAAACAUCAUAUUUCCUAAUGUCCCUUUUAUACAGCGUUUUCCAUUCCCAUGCUGUUGUCUUUGAAGCUGCGGGGGAUUUCUUCCAUAUGUCUCCAGGACUUAUUGGAUAAUGCUCAGGUGGCUGCUUUAGUUAUUUCUCUGACACUUUGCAUAAUUUCAUUUGAUUUGUGGACUUUGCAAAUAAGAUAUUAUCUUGUCUACCUAUACCUAACAUGAACUUGGGACACCAGUUGUAUUUUAAUUCAAUUCUAAAAAUAAAUGAUCCAUGUGGAUUUAUUAAGAUACAAAAUGCUUACAAAAAUGACAGUAUUGUUUGAAGACAGAACAGCUUUAAAACCAGCUGCUGUCGUCAGGGCUGUCAGAUACUGAAUGCAUUAGGACUUCUGUGCCUUUAACAUUUUUAUAGAUGAGGAAAAUGUGUCAGAUGACAUUUCUCUUAUUUGAGAGCUGCAGUGGGAAGAAAAAGCACACCCUGAAGUCCUCCCUUUUAACAAUAAACAAAGCAACCCUAUGCUGCUUAGUCAGAAACAAUUCCCAUUGAGUUCAGUAAACCUUAUUCUCAUGCAAGUGUAUGUAAGACUGCACUGUAAAUCAAUGAAGCCCUGUACCAUUCAAAAACUGUCAGUCCCAAAUACAAAAUUUAACUUUAUACACUUAGACCAGGGGUAUCAAACUCAUUUUCACCGAGGGCCACAUCAGCCUUAUGGUUGCGUUCAACGGGCCAUUUUUAAUUGUAAGACUAUUUAAAUGUAACUAUGUUGUCCAGGCAUUGAAAGCUCGCGAGCCACAUAAAAUGACAUGGCAGGCUGGAUUCAGCCUGUGGGCCUUGUCUUUGUCACAUGUAAUUUCGACAAUUCUGAUACAUAAGCAUUCAGUUAUACCACUUCCUCCAUGGUAAGAUUAUUAUAGGUAUUUGAAGAGCUCAGCUUUGGAAUAUCUUUAUAAGAUCCACUGAAUGAGAAAUCCAUUAUCUCACUGAAUUUCCGUAAUACCAGAAGCAAAGAAUAAAUAAUAAUUUUUUAAUUUAUUUUAUUUUCAAGUAAAGAAAUGUCCCCAGAAAAUGAAUCAUUACUCUUGGAAGCUUCUGUGAGCAAAAGUUUAUCCUUAGUCCUCCUAAAAACAAAAUCAAAGGGAUCCUGACAGUACUAGAACUUGUAUUGAUUCUCUAUGUUGUUAAAAGGGGAGGAAAUUCUUAAUUUAUUAUUAUUAUCUCAUUUUAUUUUCAUCUAAAAUUAUAUUUAAAUGGCAAAGUGCAGGCUCAGCUAAAAGCCCAUUCUAUGUGAUUCUAUGGCCAACUUCAAGCGAAAUUGACCAUAUAGUAGUGCUGGAAGACCGAGAAAUUUCUUAGAGAGGUGUUCUCUCAGGUUAAAAAAAAAUAGCAAUUCAUAGUAUUUUACGUUCACAGAAGUUUUGUACCCCCAACCCCAGGUAAUGUGGAGGGCUGACUCUCUAGAUAUAUUUUACAGUCCACCAUUCCAGGUUCUGUUUACACACAUGAUUUCACCGGGCUUUGGCUGUACUUGAAGUGCACUCUGCUUCAGCUAUGUGUUUCUCUUACUGUCUAAUACAGUGGCACCACAACAGUCAAUCUCAGAUCCCUGUCACGUGUCUGUGUUGAUUAUUGUGCACAUACUUAUUAAAAUUGUCCCUCAGAAAAGAAACCGAUACCUGCAAACUGCAUGGCAAAAUUCAGGGGAUUCCUUUUUAUUUGUAUUGUAUUUUUCAGUCAUAUCAUAAAAAACAGCAUUAUUGGCCUUACUCAAUUACUAGGGUGUGGUGGCAGUGGGCUUAUCCCUAUGGCUAAAGGCUAAAGUCGGUUUGUUAUGUGAUUAGAAACAAUGCAUAACAGAUUCAGAAUGGCAAAACCAUGUAGGCCUAUAGCAUAUCCCAGAGCAUGUGAUACAUGAAUUCACCUCCUAUGUUCUUGGAUAUAGUAGAAGUGAGAGAGAGAAUGACAAAAGGAUUUACUGAAAACAGUAACAUUUCUAGCUGGAAAGAAGUCAGUGAUAAUUCUUCGGACCAGUUUGUUCAGUUUUUUUUUUUUAGUGAUAGGGAAUAGUAGUAUUUUGAUUAAAUUUGCAGCUGAUAUUGAACUACAAGGCAUUGUCAAUGCAGGGAAAGAUCAGGAAAUUAUGCAGAAUGAAACAGAUGAUCUUAUGAACUUGUGUAAUAGAAAUAAAGGAGAAUUCAAUAUGUGUAAGGUCAUGCAUGUGGGACUAGGAGGGGUCAUCCAACAGAAACAACUGAGGAGAAAGGCGAUUUCAAGAUAGUGGUUGGUCACAAGAUGAAUAUGAACCAUGAAUGUGAUGCAGAUGUAAAGAGGAAAAGUCAGUUCUAUGUACUUGAAGGCAGAGCUGGUUCUUGGAUUUGUAAAAGAUGUUUAUAGUAGAAGCGGGGUAGUUAUUCAUAUCCUACUAGAGAGCACUAAACAGACAACAUCUAAAAGGAUGCCUAGUGUUGGUCAUCUGUAUUGAAAAUGAUUAAUUCAGUGUAGAACAGGCAGCAAAGCAACUACAACAAAGAAAUGUAAAUUAUAUUUUAUUAGUAGAUAUUAUAAAAGAUUUCCCUAUUUGUCUUAGAUAAAGACACCGAGAAGAAAUAUGAUAACAUUUUACAGAUAUUAUUAGACUUUUUUUGUAUGGCACUUUUUCAUAGAACUGUGCCCAAAGAGGCUCAUAAAUAAAUACACAACAGUAAGUACAGCAUAACAAUCGAGAAACUAUAACAGGAGCAAUUGCAAACAACUACAGUGUUAAAUAAAUACAUAACAAUGCAUUUUAAUGAAACCUUAUAAAGUUCAGCUAAUCCGGAAACUUACAAUUUUUGAAAGAGAGUAAUUUCUAACAUAAGAACAAAAUCAGCUGCAAAGGGCGCCAAAUAAAUAUCCAUUCAGGAAGAGCGAUGGUCCCAACCAAUUUAUACUUAUUGACUCAGACACACUUCUCACUGAACGGCAAUAUUUUUCAUAACACUCAUCAAGAUUCUGUGUCUUUCCCCAUUUCCUAUUUGUGGAAGUAAAUAUUUCAUCAAGCCCUACAGAACACAUUGUCCCUUUCUACUAAACAGCCCUCCUAACAUUUCUGUCUUCAAGAAAGCAACUUUAAGAAACUCCAGGGUGGGAUGAGACGGGUAAAAAAGUUUUGGCCUGUGAGUGUUGACCUCUCCAGUGUGUAGCUCUUCUAACAUUAUUACUUCUAACAUUAUGACUACUUGAACUACAUAAACAUAAGAAAAUUGGACAUAUAAUAUCAGUACAUUUAAGUCUCAAAUCAAAAGGUUUUAGUCUCUUCAAGAGGUUGCCUAGAAUAUUUGUAGAAGGGAAGAAAUCCACUUAGUUGCAAAAUUGCAUUUCUUCACAUGUGGCAUUUUGUAUCAGUGCAAUCUCAGAAUGUGCAGUAGAAAAAGCCUGAAAAAAUGAUUGGGGUUUCAGGAAACCAAAGGGACAGGAGGACCAGAAGUUGCAGAUUUAGCAUAUCUGUUCAAAAAAGUAAUGAAGACUAGCUUUUUAUGGGGAACUGAGAUUCUCAGUCUGCUGUGCCAUUUCUUACUGAGCUAUGCUUUGUGUAUCUUCAAGCUGUCAAUACUUGUACAUAUUGGAAACUAUAACUACAUGCUGCCUUUGUGUCAGUACUUCACCUUAGACAUUUCAGCAAGAAGACAACUGUACACAGUAUAAUUUUCAUUGCCAGAAAUGCGCAUCCAAGUGAACUGAGUUUAGCUGUGUGGACAUAGCCUGAAGAAACUGAAAAUUGCAGGUGUCCUCAGGAUCUUACAGAACUGUUUGAGGGUUUACCACUGUAGCAAAUAUCUAAGAUGAAACAUAUCAACAUGGAUAAAUCCUCUGAGAUGUAGAUUGAUACUGAGAUCUCCCACCCUACACAGCAGGGAAAACUUGCGUUUCUAUACAUCUUAUCCAUUCACUAGCAGAAGAGUUUUGUUGUUCUGUAUUACUUGUGAAGUCCAUGGAAGGAGGCCUUUGUCGUGCACGAUAGGUAAACACUUGUGGAUGGACUCCGUCCUGCAAAGACAGUCACUGCAGGUAGAAAUGAGAGGGAUCUUAAUUAGGGUUGCCAGAGUGAAAACUUGGAAAGGUCUCCGGUGCCUUUUCGAUUUCUAUGUACGGUCUUGAAAGCUGUACAAUAAAAGAAGCCAAAAGAAGGAGAAUCAGCUCAUUUGGAAUGUGGUGCUGGAGGAGAGUGCUAUGGAUACCACAGAUUGCCAAAAAAAGAAACAGCAGCAAUGAAAUGGAUCCUUUUAAAAAACAGCCUGAACUGACCAAAUGUAGGUUAUUUUCCAUAUCAUAAGACAACAUGAUUUCUUGACAAAAGAUAAUGCUUUGUAAAGUGGAGGGCAGUUGAAAAAGAGAAAAACUAGAAGUGGAUAGACUCAGUCAAGGAAGCUCUGAGUUUUCAAAGUGUUAACAGAGUUGUUUAUAACAGGGUGCCUUGGACUUCUCACAUUCAUAGGGUUGCUGUACAUUGAGGUAUAAUUUCAACAAUAAUUGUUUGUUUUCUGGUUUUGUGAUAAGCAACAACAGCCGAUAAUUCUUACUUCUGCACAAUGAAUAACGGUACAGGAGCCCUCUUCAUUUUUCAGUCUGACAAUCUUAGUCUUGAUGUCAAAGGAGAUUACAAACUCCUUCUUGUUGACCAAAAGUAAAUAAAAACCUUUACAAAAAUGUUUGCAAACAUAUAACUAUAACUAUUAUGUCAUACAAGAUUGUUUUCUGAUUGGUAUUAUGCAGACCCACUAUUGACUUAUUUUUGUUUAUCAUGUCAGAAACAAACUGAGGAUACAGUUAUAAUGUAUUUUUAAACACAAAAUUUAAAAAAUGGCAUUAUACUAGAUUUCCUUUGACCACAAGCUAGCCAUUUGGAGUGCCUCUGGUAUCACUGUGAAAAGGUCCUCCGUUGUGCAUGCGGCAGGACUAUUGAUCAUAAUUUCUAGAAGCAUAAAAUAAAUCCACUUAGAUGUUUUCUGGUGAAUCUGGGGCAGAUUUUCUAGGGAAUAUACCAUACCUAGAUUAUUGGAACUUACCUAUGAAUAAAUAAGCAUAGCCUUAGAUUGUAAAUGUCUAGUUGCACUGUCAUCUCUGUAAACUGAUACCCAUUUUAAUGGCUGAAGGAGGUUGGGAUGGUUUGUUGGUGCCUCCCACCAGUCUCUGGUAGUACAGAGGAACACUUGUGAAGUAGAAGCAGUUUUCCCUGCAAAGAAAAACCAACAACGGUGUGCGGGUAGAAAAAACGGCACCAGCAAUUCUUCUGUCAGGGUAGUUGUCGAAAAACUACCCUGAUAGUUUGCCUUUAGGAUAACAAGAAAUACUCCCCAUUCUGUCUCUCCCCCCCCCCAAUUCCCUAUAUUGCACUAGAACAGAUCUAUUUUCUUGCAAAAUAAAUUUGAAGAUAAUCAUUUGGCAAUCUAAUAAUUCUCUGUUGUUGAGAAAAUAUUUGUAAGGAAAUAUAGUAAGCCUUACAGAAUUAACAGAAUAUGUAAAUCAGUAGUAUAUUCUAGUUUCCUUGUAUCCUUAUAGGUGUUUUCAAAGAUAAUUUCAAAGAUAAUUGACUCUGUGAUUUUUAUCACUCAGACCUGAUUUGUAUAUUAAUUUUCUACUUAUUCUCAUAUCUGGUUGUGUGUGUGUGUGUGUUUUCCUAAUCCAACAUCUGUAUUGUCAGGAUCUCUGUUGUUUGCCAGUAAUAUUUACCUCAUUGUUUGGCUUAUAAUAAAAUGUAUAUUAUCUUAUUCCUUUUGCAUAAAUAACUAAUAAAUCUCAUUCAUUAGUAGAUCCACGUUGGGUAAAAUUAUAUGAGAGAAUCAGAAGAGUGAGCAAAGGCUAAUCCGGUCCAGCAUUAAAGUGGCUAACCAGAUGUCUGGGAGAAACCCAUGGUAGGACAUUGAAGACAAGAGCAACCUUCUGGACUUCUGCAUGGCAGCAUCCAUGAAUACACUUCCCUCCUCCUCUGUAUACCCUUAAAAACCCCUCAUC